CUUUACUUCCACCCAAAUCUCCGUCUGCGGCUUUUCUUUAAUGCGAAACGUAUUUCUAGCACCGCUAAAAAUACAUUGAUUUUACAUGCACCAAACCAAUCCCUGCCCAUAUCAGCUCGCAGUUUUUCUUUUCUUUUCAUUUCUUUUCCUGGGCCAGCCUCGUCUAUGCAACAGCGAAGGAGCGCGAAGGCGGGGCAGCUCGGAACUACAAGCCGCCUGAAGACCAUUGUGGGCGUGGCUAGAAAGAGCGGGACGAAGGGAGGGUGGCUGAGCAAGAGAAACAGAGGCCGCCGAUUGAUGGGCAGAGCGCGAGAGGGGAGGAAAAACACAACACCCAAGAGGGAAUAGGUGGGGCUGGCCGUCGUUCUGGUGCCUGCGAUUGGCCGAGGGUCAAAACCGGGGGCGGGGCUGCAGGCGGAGGCCGGGACGCGGGGAGGGGGGCUGGAGCCGCGCUGACGGCCUUGGCCAGGGAAUUUCAAUUUCGAAUGAGGCUGAGGGAGGCGGUGGCGCAGCGGCCAGACGGGGAAGCGAGAGGCAGGAGGAGGAGGAAGCCAGCCGAGGAGGUAGGAAAGCCCUGCAGGCGCCGCCGGCAAAGUUGGUGCGGGACGUAGCAGCGCUGGGUUGUUUUUGGCGGGCUUCGCUGUCGUAACCGAGAGCGAGUGAGGCGGCGCUGGGGAGCCGCCGCCGCCGCUUCCCUUCCUCUCCUCGGCUGCGAGCGAGCGAAAGGGACGCGGAGGGAGCCUGAGGGGGAAGUAGGCGAAGCGCAGCAGCUGCUGUCUUGACGGAGCCGGGUCCCCCUUCCCCCGUUUUCUCCUCAUAGACACUCGGCCUGGCUUUUGCUCUGCCCCCCCCCCACCCCCGAGCCGCCCUUCUCCCGGCCGCCGUUUGGCUUUCAGUUCCGGCGGAGUUGCUCCCCGGGGGGCGGCCGGCAGGGAGGCGGCGACGACGGCGCGGGUUCCUGCUCUUCCCGCUCCGCCGCCUCCUCUCAGCCCCUGGUGAUGUGGGGCUCCAGCUGGAGUCGCCUCGCGGUUGGAGUAGGUGGGGGGGGGAUUUUGGGGGGGGGUGUUUCAAGCCUCCUGUGCCUGCAGCCCCGGUAGGGAGGAGAGGCGGCGGCGAAGACGACGACGAUAGCGCGGGUGGGGGGAAGAGCAGCUCUGAGGCGAAGAUGCACGUCCGCUGGGGCUGCCGCCGCCGCCGCCUUCCUCCUGGGGAAAUCCGCUGCCCUCCCUCAGCGCGAGGGGAAGGGACUGUGGCGCUGAGGAGGGAGCAGGAUGCAAAAGCAAAGCAGGGAAACGGCGCUGCACCGCGUGUUCCUGCCCCUCUCCAAAGCGUGGGGUGUGUGCAGCGUGGGGCAUCCUGCCUAGCGGGGCGGGAGAGGGAAGCCCUCUUUCCCUCCGCAGGUUUUUAAUCCCAGCAGCGGCUUUCUCCUUUCUGCCGAGGGUUCAGCUGAGCCGCCCCCCUCCCCCGGGAAGCCGUCAGUCUCCACCUUUUGUUCAAAUUUCCCUCGUUUACAUUCCCUCCCACGCGCGCGCCACGACGCGGGAAUGUGAUCCGCGUGGGGGCGGGAAUGAGCGCCAGGCUCUGGGAUGCCGAUUCCUGGCCGAGAGUCCCGACGUAUUCGCUGUCCUGGAAGCCCCCUGCAGGCCGCCGGGACUGUUGUGACCUGCGUCGUAACGCGAUGUGUUUAUGUGUAGCCUCGUCUCCCGUGUUUGCGGUGAUUGGUGGGCGGGGAGCCCUGGCCCAUUUAGUGGGAAGAACUAAAGCUCUUGCCGGUGGGUGAUAGCUUUAUCGGCACCAACUAAAAAGUCACAGCGUACUGAUUUUGGUAUACCGAGAAAGGUUAUUCAGAGCAAAUGGGAUGCGAAGCGAAGUAGCGAGUGGGGUGGGGAAAGUGGACAUGAUGAAAAAGCUUAAAAUGGACGCAGGAGGUAUUAUGCAGACUUAAUUAGAUUAGAAUGUGGUAGGUUGCAAAUGGGUUGCAUUAAAGCAGUGGUGUCCAAACUUUUUUCAAAGAGGGCCAGAUUUGAUGAAGUGAGGGCCAACCAAGUUGUUGAGCUUUUAUUAGGGUUGAAGUUGUUGAGUUUUUUACCCCAGGAAAUAAACUGCCACAGGGGCUGGAUUAAACCGACCCGCGGGCCGGAUUAGGCCCCCCAAAACGAUCUUUUGACAUGCUUGCAUUGAAGCCCGUUUAUCCCUAUUCCCUUUUGAAAACACCACAAAUGUCAUGGUUACUCAAAGCUGUUCUAAAGACAGUAUGUUCAUUGAUCACUUGAAGCAAAAUAGGGUGGAGUUAGGGUGUAUGCCCCCCUCAAGUAUUAUCUUUAUAUGAUAGAAACACUCCUCACACCUCCUUCAGUUUUAAGAUUGCUGGAUGGCUAAAUUUGGUAUUCCUCAAUAUACACAUACACAUAUUGUGUUGGCCCAUUAUGACAAAUCCAAAAGCUGUAAUAGGGCUUUUACAAUAGGGCUGUGACAAUACUUGUUCAUGUAAACAGUACCAUUCCAUUCAGCAAUAGUAAGUUACCAUCUAAUUCUAGAGGUGGAGUGGUAAAGUUUUCUCUGUUGUACAUUUGAGGAAGAAGUCCACUUCAUCUCCCACAAACUGGAAAUGCUAAAAGGCUGUUUAUAAAAUACUAUUAACCUCUGCUCACCAUAACUCAAGUGCCCAUGUGCUUUUUAGAAUAUGAUUUGGCAACUAUGGAAAGAAUUCAUUUCCACUUGUCUUAAGUGUCUGCCUAGCAUAGCAUAGCCAUAUUCUCUUUUUUAAAAAUAUUGGUCAUGAUAAGCUAAAAAAUAUGGAUGUGAUUUUGACAUUUUGUUUUGUUUUGUUAGGUCUUUGAGGCUAGGAUGCUCCAACAUGUGAGGGGUAAUUUUGGAUAAAGAGUUUGAGAUAAGAGUUGCAUGUGGAUUUGUUAAACUUGUAGCUUUGCUGGUGAUCUGGAUAGUAUGAUCUGUAAGUAAGAAGCUUUGUUUGGAGCAUGACAACGAAAGUGAGGCAGUUCUAAAGAGGCUAGUGCCACCUUCUAGAGAGGAUGGUGGGAAAAUGAAUGUAACCUACUGGCAAGGAGUGCACUGUUACUUCUCUUUCUUGCCAUCACCUGCUUAUUACCUAGAUCAGAAGCUGAGUGAUUCCACUGACUUAUGAAGUCUACUGGGAGUAGGAGACUGCUAGUUAAAGUCUGCUGCUUGACAUUUCUAUUUGAUCCCUCUCCUAGUUUCUCACGCAGUUUAGCCCAGUAGUGUAGCUCAAGUGGUUCAAGCAGUGGUGUGUGUGUGUAACUAACAGCCUUUGGGUGUGUUUGGGAAGCAGUACAGAAAUCAAAUUGAGCAGUGUGUUUAUUAAAAGCUGGAGGAGGAACCGUAAGUAGGUGAAAUCAAAAGGAAAACAAUAAAUAAUAUUUUUGUAUUUAAUCCUAUACUGUAUUAGGAAAACCUAACAUAGCAAAACUUAUUCUUAUGGUCAUCUUUGCCCUGGGUAACCUCUGAAGUUGGUGGGAAGGCAAGGAAGAAAGUAUGUGGGCACUUUUUAUGCAAUUUGAUUGUGGUGAUAAUGAUUAACAGCUAGACUAAGGAAGGAGGGACUUAGUCAAGGAUGCUGGAGGUGACUAACACUCAUUUCCCUCUAGAAGGUGAGACGUGGGAUAGAGAUGACUGCCAGACAUCACAAUGCUGGUGCUUUAGAUAUUUGACAGGCAUAUGAAGUCUGCUAUUCUGGUCAACUCCAUGGAAGGAGUUGGGCGGGCUGUGAGAGGGGCCUGUAGAAAAGAUGAUCUUAAAGAAUUUCUGUGGGCAAAGUGCACUGCAGUUAAGAGGUGAAGCUUUUGCCCAGGAGGAGCGAAUGGUAUUUCAUUUCAGAAGGUGGGCUUCUGAGAACCAUGGACAGAACUAGUGUCCCACCCCCUUUCCAUCACAGUUUUCUACCCCACAUUUAUCUGCUGGUUCAUGCUCUGUGGAAUAGUCACUCUUGCUUAUAAGUGCCUGAAGUUUCUGUUGUGGGUGUCUAGUAGAAUGGUUUUUGGGUGAAUAUCUCUGUAUAUAGGCAUUAUGUGUUUAAAGGUGGAUACCAUAAAUCAGGCUCUCCAAAUAAUUUUGUACUACAACUUCCACCAUUCCCAGCCAGCAUUCCCAUGCUAAUGGAUGAAGGGUGUUGUAAGGCACAAACCUGAAGAUACCACAUUGGCUUUCUCUGCCAGAAAUUAAGCUACAUUUUCUGAUCUUGAAAAAUUAAGUUCUCUUAUAAAUCAAUAUAGAUAAGGUUUGAUAGGAGAUAGCCUGUUUCCCUAGCUUCCUAGUGUCAGCAAUACCACACUUCAGUUACUGUGCCAUAUAUUAUUUUAGUUUUUUCAUUUCAUUUACACUUGUAUACCACCUCCCUUCUGUCAUGGAACGCAAGGCACCUUACAUGUUGUUCCCAUCUGGUCAUCCAUCCAGGCGUUGGCCUGGCCUAGAUCUAUUGAUCAUUAGUCACCAUGCAUUUCUGGGUAAUAGUAGUUGUUUUGUGUCCAUGUUCUUAUUGCUCACACAUUAAAAAAGUACAGAAUAAACUAUAUUUGCCUUUGCUUGGUCUUGUUCAUCUGUGUGUUUUCACUUUGCAGUUUUUGAGUUUGAUCAGUGUGGGUAAUAUCUUCUGGAAUGAAUUGGUAUGCCCUGGAAAAAAGGUCGAAGUCUUAGCAUAAACAUUUCCAAAAUUGCUUUGGGUGGGUCUGGAAAAGUUGUUAAUUGUCAGGGGCAUUAUUCAGUGGAUGGUCAUGACAGUCGUACCAAAAUGUACACAUGCAUUGCAGCAUUGCUGUUCACAUUGCUAGGAGCUGUUUUCCCUUUUUUCAGGUAUAUCUUGGAGCACUGUAGAAACCUGCAAAACUAGUGUGACCAGAGAAUAUGUGGAACAGAAAAAGGGACGUGUAGUUCAGAGAAUGACAGUUUUACAAUUAUGUCCCUAAUUAUUUUAAAAGUUAUUGACUGCAUUCAUAAGAGUAGUACGUGUGUGCGCGCCCAUGUGCUAAUGAUAAAUUGUGUGUUAAUAUAUAUCAUAGAAAGGAAAUUGAGUUUCUGAUUGUGACUUUGAACUAACUUCUAUGGUAUUAGAGUUAUAUGGUAAACAUCUUCAAAGAUGUUUAAUGUAAAAAUGUGGGCCAAGAAGUACGUAAAUAAACAAAUGGGACUGCUAGGUCACAAAUGAACCACCAUAAACGUUACUAGUCCCCCUUUCCCCAAGUUCUGUGCUUUGCACAUACCUCAAAGCAUUGCUUUUUUCUAGGGGUCCGCAUACCCCUAAACAUUUUGUGAAUCUAAGUUUGGCCUCAUUAAAGGGCAGCAUUUCAAUAUGAGUAGGAAAAUGAGAGUACAAUGGUACCUUGGGUAACAUAGUCUUCAGGUAACAUGCUCUUCAGGUAACAGACUCCGCUAACCCAGAAAUAGUGCUUCAGGUUAAGAACUUUGCUUCAGGAUGAGAACAGAAAUCGUGCUCCAGUGGCGCUGCGGCAGCAGGAGGCCCCAUUAGCUAAAGUGGUGCUUCAGGUUAAGAACAGUUUCAGGUUAAGAACGCACCUCUGGAACAAAUUAAGUACUUAACCCGAGGUACCACUGUACCCCUAAACACUUUUUUUUUUAGCAAAAAAGACAUUGCCUCAAAGUAGGGAGAGUGUGCACAUUCACACGUGAAUAACCUGGAAGAGGGGAGUCCAGAGUCACUCACUAUACUUUGAGAUUUAGUUUCUGUAAAUUUCUGUGUCAGUCACUGAAUUAUUAAGAUUGUUCUCUUGUUUAGCAAAACCAUGAGCAAAAACAGAUUUUAAAGCCAGCACAUCCCAGGAAAAACUAGGAAGUUUUGUCAUUUUUUUUCAUAGCACAAUUUUUGUUUCUCUUUUUUGAAGUUGUUCCGGUGCCCUUUUGCAAAUUCAAACACCCCCAACUACAUUUACUAAAAGUGAAACAGUUUCAGUGUGUUUAAUGGAUUAUGGGUCAUUGAGGUUUUUUUUUUUAAAAAAAGCCAUUUAUUAGUAUGUCUAAUUCUGACAUACCCGUGGUUUCCAUGCAUAAUAAAAUAAAUCUAUUUACAGUCUUUAUAUUUAAGCACAUUACCUAGGCAACAAGUGCCAUGAAGCAUCUAAUUUACUAUAAAAUUAUCCAGCUGCUGACUCUGUUUACAAUAAGAGUUAUUGAACAUAAGACAUGCUGCAUACGUGGCAGUGUAGUGCUUCUGGAAUGUGACCAAUUGAAUGUGACCUAGUGGCUCAGUUUCAGAGGCACUAAAUUUCUAGCUGUAAUUUAGGCUGUGAUUUCUUUGAAGCCUAAAACAUUAACUUCUUGUGCAUUACAUGCUCAGAUGGUAUUUGAACACAGAAAUAUCAGAACGACAAUGAUUUAGACUGCAGUGCGAUGUAGUUUCCCCCACUUCUUAAAAAACAGAUUUGAAAUAUCUUUCUACUUGAGGCCCGCAUUGUAAUAAAUAUUUUUUUCCCAGUUAAGUAGCUUUGUUGUACUUCAGUUUGUUUAAAGUGAAUACUUAAUCAUAUCUCCUGGGACAAACGUAAGGUUCUGCACUUAGGCAGGAAUAAUCAGAUGCACAAAUAUAGGAUAGGAGACACCUGGCUUAACACAGUACAUGUGAAAAGGAUCUAAGGCUCUUAGUAGACCAUAAGCCUAACAUGAGGCUACAGUGUUAUGCAGCAGCAAAAAAAAAAAAAAAAGAAAGAAAAAGAAAAGAGGCUAAUUCAAUUCUAGGAUGCAGCAGCAAAAGCGCAGUGCCCAUAUCCAGGAAAGUAAUAGUACCAAUCUAAUCUGCCUUGGUUGGACCCCACCUGGAGUACUGUGUCCAGCUCUGAGCACCACAGCUUAAAAAGGAUAUCGACAAGCUAGAAUGUGUGCAGAAGAGGGCAACCAAGAUGAUUAAGGGUCUGGAAACCAAGCUUUAUGAGGAACAGUUGAGGGAGCUGGGUGGGCUUAGCUUGGUGAAGAGAAGGUAGAGGUGAUAUGUUAAAGGUAAAGGACCCCUGACAGUUAGGUCCAGUUGUGAACGACUCUGGGGUUGUGGUUUUCAUCUCGCUUUACUGGCCGAGGGAGCCAGCAUUUGUCCGCAGACAGUUUUUCCAGGUCAUGUGGCCAGCAUGACUAAGCUGCUUCUGGCAAAACCAGAGCAGCGCACGGAAACGCCGUUUACCUUCCUACCGGAGUGGUACCUAUUUAUCUACUUGCACUUUGACGUGCUUUCGAACUGCUAGGUUAUCAGUCUUCAAAUAUCUGAAGUGCUUUCACAUGUAAAAUGGAGCAGGCUUGUUUUCUGCUGCUCCAGAGGGUAGCACCCAAACCAAUGGAUUCAAAUUACAAGAAAGGAGUUUCUUACUAAACAUUAGGAAACUUCUGACAGUAAGAGCUGUUUGACAGUGGAACAUACUGCCUUGGAAGCGGGAAGUUUUUAAACAGCUGGAUGGUCAUCUCUUGGGGAUUGUUUAGCUGUUAUUCUUGCAUUGCAUUGGGUUCAUUCCAACUCUAUGAUUCGAUGAAUCUCUACCAUUUGGAUUACUGUUUCAAAUGAAAAUGCUGCUUAGCUAUUUAAUUGGGAAAAACUCAUGUUUUAGUGUUGAAAAUACGUUAUUUAAUAGAAACGAGUUACCGUAUUUUUCGCUCUAUAAGACGCACCAGACCACAAGAUGCACCUAGUUUUAGGAGGAGGAAAACAAGAAAAAAAAUAUUCUGAAUCUCAGAAGCCAGAACAGCAAAAGGGGUCGCUGCGCAGUGAAAGCAGCAAUCCCUCUUGCUGUUCUGGCUUCUGGGAUAGCUGCGCAGCCUGCAUUUGCUCCAUAAGACGCACACACAUUUCCCCUUACUUUUUAGGAGGGAAAGAGUGAGUCUUAUAGAGCAAAAAAUACGGUAUUUUUUCUCUGCAGAUAUUUUGCAUUAGAUACUGAGUAGAAUGAAAGGAUACUUUGGCAUUUUUUAUAUAUAAAAAAAGUCUAUAUAAGUUUGUUAGGAAGUCUCAAAGUGUGCAUAUGGAAUAUUAAAAAAUGCUUCUCUUAUAGUUAAAAAAUGUGGCACACCCAUUGUUUUCUGUUUUGCUACUGUGGAAAUUUAGUCACAAUAGGUUGUUUUACCCUUAAAUAAAUCCUUUUAAUAAAAGCCACUUCAUAUUUUUGCAUGACUUGGUGUUAUUAUUGUCUCUCUGGAUAUUUCUCAUGAGCUUUGAGAAGAGAAAAAAGCUUCUGUGCUUGUGAUUUUUUACCUUUAUGUUUUCAUGUGCUCCAGGUAAUGUUUAAAGUGGUUUAUGUUUUGUAGACUUCAAUGCUGCUAUCUUCCUAUUUGAAAGCUUUAUGCUUAGGGAGCAGUAUUAAAAUCACUUUGCUGUUUAUGCGGGGGUAGCCUUUUUUCUUUGUGUUUUGGCUAAUGCAGCAUUAGUAAAGUCAAUACUUUUAGAGUGCCUCACACUAGCAGACUGAUUUCAGUUUUUCAGGAUCUACUUUGGGGGUAGAUGCCCACUGAUUGAAAUCAAUUUUAGUUAAUCUGUACUAAAUGGUCCUCACUUUAAGACUUCAAGUUGCUUAGCCGGAUCAGACCUCCUAGUGGUGCAGGCAUUAGGUGGUUUUGCUGGUAAUGGGGGUAUAUAUAAAAUUGUCCUGCAACUUACAUACCAUGUAAAGUUAUUUAUGUAGCAGUUUUAUAUAUAACUGUUUGGAAUUGCUUUAAUAUUUUCUUUAUAAAUUAGUAGUGAAUGAAUGCUAUAAGAGAUUUGUGUGUACCUCCUGAUAUGUAUGAGAAGCAGCUUGAAAGAAAAAUCAUUAUUAAAUGAAUUCUCACCCAACCCUUACUUUCUCAGUACUCCUUGUCUUUUGCAGUUAAGUCAAGUGGCAGUUUAGAAGUUUUUGGUGGGGUUUUUUUUAGAUUUCUAAAAUAGCAAGUAGUAAUGAAUAUUGGUAUUCAGGUUCUGUGCUUUGUUGAAGUUGUUUGUAACAGAGUAAAUGUGAUGUAAAUGUAAUAAAAUAGGAUUUUCCUACAUAGUUUCAGUAGAUAUGAUAACAUUUAAAUCACCUUAGUACAGUAAUUUUAUUUAACAUGUGUUCUCUUCAGAAAGGGGGGGGGGAGGUUCUGCUAAGAGUGUACUUGUAACUUAGGCUGCAGCCCUAUUCAGACUUAUUCUGGAGCAAGUUCCACUGAACACUGUUUUAGGUAGCUUAAAAAAACAACCACCACCUGGUUGAGAGUGAGUAGACUAAUGUCACCCAGUGUGUUUCAUGUUUGUGUAGGGAACCUGAACUUUGGUCUCUCAACUCCAAAUCUAGUAGGUAUAUAUGCUAUACUACAAGUUUUUGCAUGAUCCUUUCCCAUUCUGUAUGUACCAUUGUGAUAAAUGGAGAGUGUAAUUUUAAUCCCUCCCCAUGGCUGUGAAGCAGAUAGACUCUGAAUGCAAGGAUAAAACAUGUUGCUUCAGGAAACAAAGCACUGGGUUUGCAAUUCAACCUUUUGACUCUUCAUGUGUUAUCUAAACUGCAGCAUCAGACAGUUGUCAGCAUAGUGCUGUAUGAUCAGUAUUCUGUUCUCUUGUUUCCUGUCAAUAGUUUUUUCAUUUCCUUUUACUUGCGUAAGUAGUUUUUUCUCAAACACUUGAGAAAUGUUGUUAAUGCAUCAUGAUUAUUUUUUAUUUAUUUUUACUGUUCAGUAAGUGUUGGAAGUAACAAUGCAUGUUGGACAGUGUAUGUGCAAGUCUGAGAGCAUCUAAAUAAACAACUUACUGAUCAAUUUGCAUUUUGAUAUGCAAAAAUAAGGAUACAUUGCAAGAUUUUGAAUUGCAGGAGUGAUAUAUUUUCUCAUAGGUUUGCAAGAGAUUGUGUUCUAAAUAUUUGAGGAGAAAAAUGCUUGAUUCUUAGAUGGAAACAGUUUUGGUUCAUCUCAUUUCAAAGGUGUAAUAUAUUAUAAAAUACAUGGAAAAGUCUUGAAAAUGCCUAGAUAUUGUAUUAUAUAUGAGAGCUUUAGAGUAACUACCAAUGUAUGGUUUCAUUUUGCGGGAGCCCAGUGUUGAAAAUACUAUGGAUGUUAAUCUGUAUGGUGUGCUGAGCCUCUUCCGCCAUAAAGGCAAAAUGCUGGAGUUAAAUCAGGAGUUAACCAUUUUUACUUAAAACACCUUCACUCCUUUCAGAACUCAUGGGAACACGUUCGUAUUUUGUUGAUGGAAUUGCUAACACUAUGGUCACUUUUGCUUCCCUUGGAUCAAGGGUAGGAAAUAUGUGGCCCUCCACAUGUAGCUGUGCUAUGUCAUUGAUCAAUGGCCAUGCUAAUAGGGGCUAAUGAGAGUUGGAAUCCAACAAUAUGAUAUGAAAGGCCAAAGGCUGUUCAGUGCUGCUUUGGAUAGAUAUCGGACAAAGAGCUAUUAAAAAACAGCAGCUCAACACAGCAAAAUCCAAGGACUGGAACUUUACUCGGGGAAGAUGUAUGAAAACAUGGACAUGUGGUCAAACGACCUCGUAUCACCCCUUAAUACUGCUUCUGAAAAUACUGGAACAUACUUAAGUUCAUUUUAAGCUACAAUUGAAACAUAAUUCAAACUUUUGACCUAGCCAGGGGUCGGCAAACUAUGGUCCGGGGGCCGGAUGCGGCCCACCAGGCUUGUAAAUCCGGCCCACAGACCCUGCCGUCCGCUCGGUCAGUCCCCGCGCUGAGCUAAACCAGCACAGCGGUUCCUUGAAAAGAAUCUGUGGAUGCCUCGCCAUGUGGAGACUGACUUUUGCGAUGCUGGCACCACUUCGGAUUGGCUGUGGGAAGCUCCUGCUGCCAAUCCGAAGCCGCGGAUGCCUCUGGGCAUGUGGUGACGCUGGUGGGGCUUCGGAUUGGCUGCAGGAAGUUCCUUGCCGCCCGUGUGCUGAGGUAAACCUGGCAUGGCCACAGAUGGAGAGGCAGGCGGGCGGCGGGUAUGGGCCGCGCCAUGGGCAUUGUGACAGGUGCGUUGCGGGGCUUCAGCCUGGCGCCCGGCUUGGCGCUGCUGCUGGUGGCGCGCUCGGUGGCCACCAGAGCAGUUGGAGGGCGAGCUGUGCGCCGCCUGCCCAGCGCUCUGUGUGUGCCUGCCUGCCGACCUGACCUCGAAUGAUGGGCCGCAGCGCAUGGUGUGUGCCACCUAGGAGCUCUGCAGCGACGGGACAAUGGAGCGGCUGCUGCUCGUCAACAACGCCAGUGAGUGGGCGGUGCCGAGAUGCGCUCCUGAGUGCAUGCAGAGUGUGUUCCUCAUCUAGGUCCGGAGGCAGCUGUUGGACCGGUUUGCAUGGUAUUUAAAUUUUUCAAAAUAUAGUCCGGCCCCCCCACAAGGUCUGAGGGACAGUGGACCGGACCCCUGAUGAAAAAGUUUUCUGACCCCUGGACCUAGCCAUUGUGGCUAGUGGUCAUUGAUUAGUGCUAUAUUCUGCAUCCACUGUUUGAGGUGUCAUGUCUCAAAUACCAGUUGCUGGGAAUCGCCGGUGGAGCAGCUUGCAGUCUUUCCACAAGCAUCUUGUUGGCCACUGUAAGAACAGGAUGCUGGACAGACCACUGGACUGAUUCAGCAGGCUCAUCUUAUUUUUUUUUUUUUAAAGCAAUUUAUUGGGUUUUACAAUAAGAAUAAAUGUAAUAAACAAUAUAGCAUUCGUCUUAACAUAAUUUCACAUUUUCUUUGGACUUCCUCACAUCUCCCACUCCCACCUUCAUCAUUAUAACAUUUUGUCAGCAAUUUAUCAUCUUAUUUAAAUUCUUAUAUCUCUUCGAUAUUUCAUAAUCUUAAAGUUCUCAUAAAGAGUUAAACUUUCACAAUUUUUCUUGUUUCCUUAAAAAUUUCUAAGUUAAGUGGUGCUCAGUUAUUUAGUCCAGCAUCUUAUUCAGCAUUCAAUCAAAUCACAAUGUUUUUGUAGGUAGUUCUUAAAUUUCUUCCAAUCCUCCUCGAUUCUCUCUUCUCCCAGGUCACGGAUUCUGCCAGUCAUUUCAGCCAGUUGCAUAUAGUCUAUCAGUUGCAUCUGCCAUUCUUCCAGUGUGGGUAGAUCUUGGGUUUUCCAAUGUUUUGCGCAGCAGGCUCAUCUUAAACUCUUAUGUUUUUGGUAUGUUCUUAUGUUCUUGAUUUAACGUUUUGUAAGCGGUAGAAAGCUAGCCUUGUGUACAAAAUAUACUUCAAAAAUCUCAUGCUGUCUUCAUAGAGCUCCCAAAGAAGCUUAAGAACUUAAAAUGAAAUCUGUCACACCAUACUAGCCAAGCAGGUAAUAUGCUUUAUAUCAAUAGUCUACUAGAAGAAUUCUCAUUUACAGCCUGUUUCCCCAUGUUUCCCUAUGUUGGAUUUUGUCUCCUAGCCUUUUGUUUGGAUUUCACAUUACUUUAGCACUGUUUUUGAGAAAUAUAUUUGUUUGGCUCUAAAGUCUGACUCUCAGCCUUCAUUUGAGGCUUUUCUGUUGAUAGUGGUAACGUUAGGAAGAUGCAGCCAAACUGCAAGUCAGUAAAACGGCCUUGUGGGUAGGUUUAUAAAAAUUACUGGCCUGCAGAAUUUUUUACAAGCUUUUGUCCUCCUGCUGCAGUCCUCCUGCAGCAGCCAGCUACAUUUUUCUUUCUAUCAUCCUCACACAACCAAUCCACUUUAAAAUUUUGACUUCUUGCAAUUAGGAAAGUAACAGGGUAAUGCACUGAAAAGUGUAGGGUAAACAAAUGAUUAGUGGAAAGAUCCAUCUAUCUGUCAUGGUUGCUUUAGCUGAGAUUCCUGCAUUGCAGGGGGUUGGACUAGAUGACCCUUGGGUCCUUUCUAACUCUAUGAUUCUGUGAUAUACAAGCACCUUGUAUACAAAUUAGGAUGAAUGCUCAUUGUCAUAUAACUGCCCCCAAACAAAACACAAUGAAUUUUCAGUAAAGACUGUUCAUAGUUUAACCUUCAUGUAAGCUUUGUGCCAGCAAGUAUGGAUAAGCAGGUAGUUUUGAGGAGUCCCAUGCUGUGUUUUUUGGGGGGAAAUGGUGGGAUAUAAUUUAAUAAUUUUUUUAAAAAUAUUAGCUCAAUCUUCAGUACUUCAUAGCUAAAAUGCUAUGCCUUCUUAAAUUAACAGUUCCCAUUGCAACUCUAGGUUGUCUGAUUUAAAGAAAUGUUACUGCUUUUGCUUGAAUUCCUGUCCUGCCACACAAGCAAGGCAUUACUGUUGAUCAAUGACUAUCUAGAUUCUGGAUUUCAUGGUACAGUGGUACCUCGCAAGACGAAUGCCUCUCAAGACGAAAAACUCGCAAGACGAAAGAGUUUUUGGUUUUUUGAGUUGCUUCACGAGACGAAUUUCCCUAUGCGCUUGCUUCGCAAGACGGAAACGUCUUGCAAGUUUGUUUCCUUUUUCUUAAAACCGUUACAGUAAUACAGGGUGCAUUGCUUGAAGAGGUGCAGUUGCUACUUGACUUCGGGGAGCAACUCAUAGCACGCGGUGUGGUAGCCUUUUUUGAGGUUUUUGAAGAUUUUUUUGAAAAAAUUGAAACCGUGCUUCGCAAGACGAAAAAAUUCGCAAGACGAAAAAACUCGCAGAACGAAUUAAUUUCGUCUUGCGAGGCACCACUGUAUUGUGGAAGGAGAGGGACAUUUUCUAAAGACUUACUCUCCUUCCUCAAUAUCUUGAAAGCAAAGCUUUACAAUAAAGAUAAUUAAUAAUCAGAAUCUUAAGUGUAGUUUCUAACCAUUCCUCAUGUGAUGGUUAUGACUUGACAUAAUGUACCAAGAUAUCAGCAGUUUCUAAAUUUAAAAUUAAAGAGCAAGUAAAUUGCUUGGAUUCCUCAUUAGUCACAAGGUCUUAUUCUGAAAUUCUCUGUAGGAAGAGAGCUGCUUUGUCAUUGGAUUCUAAGUUGUCUCGCUUAUAUGUACUGUAGAAAAGCAACUCCCUGACCUUUUUACAGUCAAAUCGUUCUUAGCUGUUCCUAGUGCCAGUAAGAGGGGAGAAGAAAGAAGGGGGAGAAUUAGGAAGGGAAGCUUCACCUCCUCAUCCUUGUGUACUGAUGGGGGUAUGGAGAGAGGAGGAAAUGUGUCUGUUUGCUGUUCUUCGGGGUACAAAUAUUUUCCACUCCUGUUUACUAAAUAAUCAGAAAACUUUUCCGUAAAACUAUUUGACUAUUUUCCUAAUAUUUUGGAAUAACAAAUAUCAAGUCCAUGUACAAUCAUAUGACGCUCUGUAGUUAAUGUAAAGUUUUUGUAAAUGUAUAUAAAUGUAUAUACACUUCAGUGUAUCAAUCUAAUGUAACAAAUUAUUAAUUAAAUAAAACUAUUGAUGGAGGGCAAAUGGAAAAGGAGUUUUGUCAGGGCUUGAGGCUUAUUUAUGUAGCACUAAACUGGUUUAAUGUGUCUGAAUGCAACCUUUUGAAUGAUACCUGAAACACACCUGUAUGCUCCUCUAGUUGUACCAUCAGACGUCAUGGCAUUCCUCAUCCUCAUUUCUGCAGAUAUCUUUAAGUAGUAAUAGCCAAACUGUUUCAUCCUGUGUAAUUUUUCCAGACGACAUGCGUUAGCUUGCAUCUCUUUGACUAUGGAAAAGGGCAAUCAAUACAGUAGCAAAGUUUUGCUGGGUAGUAGCAACUUGUUUAUUUUUACCUAGAUCUAUAAAUCUAUUUAUCUCUUUUUUCUGAAUGUUGCAAUUAAAUAGUUAUUGCUUUGCUCCUGAUCAGUUAGAGAAGAAUAAACCGCUGCUCCAGUAUUUUUGUAGUGUGGGUUUUUAUUUGGUCUGUUCUUUCUGUUACUGUGUUUUCAGAAUGGAUUAUCUGUUCAGAUUCCAUCAAGCUACAAUGCUGAUUAUUCUUUUGAGUUCUGUAACCCUAGGAUUUUAGAAUGUGACCAUAGGUAACAGCUGUCCUGGAAUUAAUCUUCUGUUUAAUAAUAUGACUUAAUUCAUGCUGCCUUUAUAUUGUGUACAAUACAAGAGAACUGAGGAUCUGGGUAGUAGUGUCAUGCCCAAGAUUAGCUUCAAAUUCUUUCAACCUCAAAAACAAGAAGAUGUCGUCUUCCUAAAUGUGUCUCACUUCCAAGCAACCAAGGAAGUUACAUGGUCACCACUCAAAGGAAGGAAGCCAGAUUGCUUAAUAGUUUGACUGCUUGGAGGAAAUAAUAAUAAUAAUAAUUUAUUUAUACCCCGCCCAUCUGGCUGGGUUUCUCCAGCCACUCUGGGCGGCUUUCAACAGAACAUUAAAAACAGAGUGAAACUUCAAACAUUAAAAACUUCCCUAAACAGGGCUACCUUCAGAUGUCUUCUAAAAGUCGGAUAGUUGUUUAUUUCCUUGACAUCUGAUGAGAGGGCAUUCCCCAGGGCGGGCACCACUACCGAGAAGGCCCUCUGCCUGGUUCCCUGUAACCUCACUUCUCACAGUGAGGGAACCACCAGAAGACCCUCGGAGCUGGACCUCAGUGUCUGGGCGGAACGAUGGGGGUGGAGACACUCCUUCAGGUAUACUGGGCCGAGGCAGAUCCCAUGCACAUAAGCAAUCCUUAGACUUCCUCUCAUCCUUAGAGUUGGAGAUCACAGGGCAGCUGUUGGUAUGAUUUUCAUCCACCUCUGCCAAUUUAAAGGUGUGAGGAAGUCUAGGUGCUGAUUAUACUUGCUGUGAUGAAUGAAAAUGUAGAAGUCUGCUUUAUAUCCACAGAUAUUCCCUGAAAAGGAAAUAUGGGGCAUUGUGGCACAUUGGAUCUGGAAGGAUUCAAAAACUGAGUUUUUAGUUUGAUGUUGGGAGCUGCAAAAGGCACUCCUGUGGCUUUUAUGGGGAACUGAUAUAGAAUCUUGCACGUUGUGAUUAAAGUCCAUAUGAAUUUAAUUAGUGGGUCAGACUUGAUCUUUCAUUUAAGGGCAGACUUCCUAAGACUUGUUUGGCAGAAGAACUACAAAUAAAUUCUUCUUUGCAAUCUGUAUGUGAGCAAUAUCUCCCCUCCCAGACCCAGUCUGGGUAAAGGAGCAGGGAUUAUCCUUGACUUUAUACUGAGCUUUGGAGCACAGGGACAGGACUCUAACUUAAGGGAAUAGUAGGAUCCAGGUGACCACAAACUUUUUUUUGGCUACCAAGACCAAACAAAACCUGUUGCCCCUCCACUUGUGUUAUAACAGAACUUGUUUUCUAUGGAGGCAGGAAUUUAUAGUUUACAUAAGUUUGAUUGAAACAGUUCUGAUAGUUCUGACUAUGAUUGACACACUACUAUUGUGGCAGUGAUGGCUGUAAUAUCAAACUUGUUUCAUGCUACAUGAAUGAACCUAGAAUGAGCUUUAAGUUUCUGCACUUGGUCCCUUCUUUCCAAUUUUAUCAUUGCAGUAUACUCUAACUGGCAAAGUAUCAUUUGGGCUUGCCCUGCAAAUUUUGGAUUAUUUGCUGCACUGAUCUACAGGGCAAAUGUAAUUCGUCAUUUGCCAGUUCACAUAACAAAGCAGGGAUGGAGAAAGAAGAUUGCAUUUCAUAAGAGAAGGAGGAAAUUCAUGGAUCUGAGAUUUGUCCAUGAAGCAUGAAGCCGUGAGAUAGUGGUGCAUCUGAACAGAACAAAUAUGUGAUGUGGGUUAUUAUUAUUUAUUAUUUAUAGAAUUUAUAUACCACCCUAUACCUGGGGGUCUCAGGGCGGUUCACAGGUUGUUACAUCAUUUAAGAAACCUAGAUAUAUGAUUGAAUGUAGUCCUUUUCAGGAAUUCAGUAAACAUGUAAGGGAGGCAGAAAUGAUGGACAUACUAGAUCUACCCAUUGCUGUUCAUAUAUGGCUAUUAACAUUUUUUAUGCUUUAAGAUAAGUGGAGAGCAUACUAAAUAAAAAGUCCAGUACUGAACACAUUGCAAAAAACCAGGGGUCAGCAAACAUUUUCAGCAGGGGGCCGGUCCACUGUCCCUCAGACCAUGUGGGGGGCCAGACUGUAUUUUUUUUGGGGGGGAAUGAAUGAAUUCCUAUGCCCCACAUAUAACUCAGAGAUGCAUUUUAAAUAAAAGGACACAUUCUACUCAUGUAAAAACACGCUGAUUCCUGGGCCGUCCGUGGGCCGGAUUUAGAAGGUGAUUGGGUCGGAACCAGCCCCCGGGCCUUAGUUUGCCUACCCAUGCAUAAAAACAUCUCGAACCCAUUACAAUAUACAGAGAAGCUGUCUUUCAGCAUCACCAUUUUAGUCAGUAUACCCUCUUGUUUUGUAUCAUAAAACUCAAUUUUCAAUUGAUGAUGCAGCAGCUAAAUACACAAAGCAUACUUGUUGCUAUAGUAAAUUCAGCUGAGAAAGUAAUACUCAGAAUUUAACAAUAUUAUGGAAGUCAUCUGCAUUUUUAACAUGCAAAUCCUUAAAAGAAAAGAAAAACACCAUUAAACCUUGCUCACUUCAUUCUUGCUUGCUUCUGUACCUUCUGUCAUAGUGGAUUAUUUAUUGUUUUUUCCAUACCCUGUCCCCCACUUUACAUAAAGCCCCCCACAAGGAUUAGAAUCUACUACUUGUCUUGCCAACUGUGGCAAGAAAGAAAUGCUUCCAGGCAACUAGGAAAAAUUCACCUUGGUUAAAGGGAUAAAACUGUGCAUUGUGUACUCAUAACCCUUUAAAAAAUCCUGAGGAACUACUAAGUCAUUAUUGUAAAGAGCACUGUGCGUUCCUUUCCAAAAUGCAGAAAGCUUAUUCUUUCUGCCUUUUAGACGCACAGGCCAAUCUGCAGUUGAAAAAAGGUACACUCACUGCUCCCAGUUUCAUUGUGUUAUUGAAGGCAUACAUAUUUCCAAUUUCAGCCCCAUAGCUUCUUUCUGAAGGUACAAAGAAAAAGAUGGCAGUAUAGUGGGGAGGAACAGCAGAGAUGGGUACCUGCUUCCAGCAUUUUUGCAACAGAAUGCUGUUGUCUCUUCAAACCAUCUGCAAGUCUCUCUGGCCUCUGAUCACCCUUUCCAACGGCCUCUUCUCCACCCACUCUCAUGAAGGCUGCUGGGAUUACUGGCUGGUUUUUUCCUGGUUUCCUGCCCCCGUUUCCCCUGUGUUCACCAUUUUUGUGUCAUUUUAAAUUAUUUUUUGGAGACGCAUGUAAAGCUGCGAGUGUGUAUGUUAAAUAAGCAUGAGAUGCAAAUUACCUCAAAGGGCAGUUAACAAAUGUAGUAAAUUCUGGACACCAUUACAACUUUUACUGAGGAACAUCUAAAAAUUAAGUCUCAUUUGUCUGUCAUGACAAAACUGAUUUGGAAAUAACAUAUAGUACUUUGGAAGGUUAGAUUUGUCUCGUGAAAAAACCUUGUGGAACUGAGUAGGAGGGAAAUACCAAAACCAAAUGGAGUCUGUUAGUCAUUUCCCACUUUCUGACCUUGAACUCUCUUCAAUUUGCUCUGUGUGUUCAGUUUUUCUGUCAGACACUACUUGAUGUAGUUUGGUUUAGAUUUACUGCUGCAUUUUCAGGGCUAAGCAGUGGAUGCAGAUGAAUUUUAGAGUGGGGAUGCAAUACACAUGUGCCCUUCUAUUGGCAUUCAUAGGAAAUAUGCUGUUUCAGCCUACUUGUUCUGCUUUCUUGCAGUUGUGUAUGAUUUUGACAUGACCAGGAAGAAACCAUGGAGAAAGAGGGGGAAGUUAUUGGACAAAUCCCACAUAAGGAAAAUUUCACUAGGAAAUAAUGGAAAUCAUGGACUCAUUAUGUGAACGCUUGCCUAACGAAUGAUUUCCAGGGAAUGCAUUUUGUUCAUUAAAUGGGACCUGGGUGUAUCAACAUUUUUUCUCAGUAGGAAGGAAACUACCUUGAUUUCAAGGGAGUUACUUCUGGGUGUACCAUACCAAAGCCAGUUAAUGGUGCAUUAUUCUGUAAAGAAAGCGGACUUUGUUAGCAACAGUGAUUAAGCUUUCUUAGCAAUAGCAUUGCACAUUGAGUGCUGAAGCCUUAGUCUUCAAGAUUUCUGUUAUGACUUUCUUAAGAAAUGUCCAAUAGACUUUUUUUAAAAAAAUGAAAACUAAUAAUGUGUGACCCUUGUUGGCACGAGGCCUGGCACAUUUGUAUCCCCUGUACCUCUUGUUGGUGGCCCUGUGUUAACCCAUGAAGCUUUAAAUGGCCAGGGUAUGUGAAGGAGCACCUCAUCCUACAUGAAUCUGGCCAUUCGUGGAGGGAGUAAAAUAUGGCUUGGCUCCAGGUACCUCUGCUGUGAUGCCCACCUGUUGAAAAUACUCUUCGGGCAUGCUAUUAUGUAGGUACCAGAUGUUUUUCCUUGUUUCCUGGAGGCUUUAUCAGAAACUAGGGAUGCACUUCUCCAUUUUGAUAGAUAUUUAUUACUGCAGUGUUAGGUGUUUAUGACGGAUUUUGUUCUUGUUUGUUUUGAUAUUUUUGCCUUGUGUUUGAAAUAAUGUGAAAGCACUUAAGACCACUUUGGCAGGAAGGUGUGCCAGAAAUUUUAAAGUAACAUUUUUUAAGCCAUGAGCAUUGAGAGGCUGAGGAGAUUAACAGCAUUUAUUGUCUAUAAAGGCAAUUUCCCUUAAAAACUUUUUUACUCAAACCAUGUUAAGAUUCCUUUUCUAUAUAGUUUUUACCACCUCCCCCUUUGUAUUUUUUUGUAGCUGUACUGAUUUGUUUUGUUUGUUUUGGUGAAACUGUUCUGUUAGAGCAAUCUCCCAUAAAAUGAGCAUUAUCUUUUAAUGGUGAAAUAUGGUCUCCCUGUACCCACAGCUAAGACUAACCAGCUAUGUAAGUGGUAUUAAUAUUCUGAGUUGCUCAGAACAAAUUAUACUACCUUCAACAAUAAGUUCAAAUAAAAGCCCUAUCCUAAAGUGGCAGAUGUCUCAUGCUAACCUAGCAGAGCUUUUACAAUGCAUCUCUUACUUUGUAGGAGCGAUAACAGGAAAACAGAGCUGUCUCUUUGACUCAUUUGCAUUUUCUGGCUGCAGAAAUGAAGUGAGUUGGAACCAAGUUCAACUUUUCCACUGGGCAUGCCUUUCUCCAGCAGAGUUGGGACUUGGGUGGGGCAAGACUUAUUCAUUAAGCUGCACAAAGAGCCUGUUAGAUUUUUAUAAGCUGGCUGCAUAGCUUUGGUUUGAUACGCAUAACAAAAAUUAUGUGCGUGUAACUUCUCUUUAGGGACGCAGGUGGCGCUGUGGGUAAAACCUCAGUGCCUAGGACUUGCCGAUCGUAUGGUCGGCGGUUCGAAUCCCCGCGGCGGGGUGAGCUCCCGUCUUUCGGUCUCAGCUCCUGCCCACCUAGCAGUUCGAAAGCACCCCUAAGUGCAAGUAGAUAAAUAGGUACCGCUUUAUAGCGGGAAGGUAAACGGCGUUUCCGUGUGCUGCGCUGGUGCUGGCUCGCCAGAGCAGCUUCGUCACGCUGGCCACGUGACCUGGAAGUGUCUCCGGACAGUGCUGGCCCCCGGCCUCUUAAGUGAGAUGGGCGCACAACCCUAGAGUCGGACAUGACUGGCCCGUACGGGCAGGGGUACCUUUACCUUUAACUUCUUUUUAAUUGCUGUUGUAGACCUUAAUUGCUCAUCAAUAUGCAAAGUAUGAUAUGCAAAAGCAAAUGAGAUUCAAGUUGCCUUAGACAAGCAAGUGAAAAGGGUGAGUUGAUUUCGGUUUAUUAGAAAAUAAAAACAAGUACAUGUGUGUGUGUAGAAAAAUAUGUGGAUAGUUUGAUCGCAAUCUGGUGUCAGUAUAUGAGUGGCACCAAGUACUACAUGACAAUCACGUUAGUUGGUCUGUGAGUGAAUAUUGAAGCAAGUAGUUCAGAAAAUGCGACAAUAAAAAGGACUUUUAACUCUGAAAUGGGAUGCUCUGUACUUUAAUGCUGCAAGAAUAACACUAGGCAAUUUUGUGGGUGUAUGUAGCUGCGAACAUUCAAGUAGAUGACAUUGCUAUUUUGUUGUAUUGGUUGGAAUGCUUUUAGGGGAUUGUCUGGAUCUUUUCACUGCAACACUUUUGUGGCUAUAUUUUUUUAUCCCAAUAAUGGUAUCUAAUUUCCCUUUAAACAAGGAGUAUUAUUUUGUACCUGUUAGACAAUUUUUGUGGUGCUUUCAUUCUAUAACUGUAUUUAAACUUUUAGGGAUUGUAAAGCAGUGUAUGUUCUUUUGCACCUCUUCCGUAGGGUUACAAAAUUUAUACUACAGAUAUUAGUAGUGGAAAAUAUUUGAUUUGUGUUUAUAAAAAUGGAAAAUCUCCAGUUACAGGUGCUAAUGGUGAGUGCAUUUGACAGAACAUUGUAUCUGAAAACAUCUAGAUUGUUCAUAUAGCCAUUUUAUCUAAUCCUGUAUUAGUCUUGUACCUUUUGUAACAUUAGUUUGGUACAUACUUAUUUUUUUACUAUACAUUUCGUUGGUGUUGGUGUUGCUGCUGUUGUGAAUCUCCUUAGAGCGUUACUCACUAGUUGAAUACUAAUGCUCUGUAAAAUACUGUCACCAUCUGGAUAGUGUGUUGCUACUUACUACUUUCCAAAACUAAGGCUGCAAUUCAGUGCUGAAUGAUUUAUAUCUUAUCCAUUGAUUUCAGUAGGCUUGCGUACAUCUAAUUCUGCAUAAGACUGAGCUGUAAAAGUACUACACCUUAAAGAGUAUUGGUUAAUGUAGCAUUUCUGCUUUUGAAGAAUGAUAGAGUUUUAGAAAUGUUAUUACUGAUCAAAAUCAGAUAGCUAAAUUACUAAGUAGCCUUUGUACUUGUUCUGUAUAUUUUCUGUUGGCGGAAAGAAAAGAGUAGCAUUGUUGUGGUUACAGAUUUAAAUACUGAAUCAAGCAUAGUGUCCUUUGACAUAAUUUAUCAGGAAUUUGAAAAUUUCGGGAUGACAUAACUAUUCAGGUGUAUUACUAUUAUAGGUUUCCAAGAGCAAUAGCAGAAUGCAUGAUUAAAGAGUAUUUUUUUCAUGAGAGUAAUCUGUAUGGAAAUACCCCUCUCAAAAACUUUACAACCUGACAUUUAAGCAUUGAUUUUUUGGGGAGUAGGGGUACUACAGUUACCACUCACACAACUAAAUAGUUGUGCUAGUGGGAGCCAGUGCAACAGGCGUUUCUCUCCUCAUCUCCCCACCCCCCACCCCAUUUGCACUCUGAGCCCUCACCUGCAAUUUGGCAAACUUCCAGAACACUGUAUGGAGGGGCAGAGGGGAGGAGAGAUUGUUCAGUCUGGCAAGCAAAACAAGCAUUAUUGACACUACACUGUUGAUUCCUAGGCACUCAGUUCUAAUUCUUUAGUUCAUAUAGACUGUUAUACAAAGAAGUAAUUUCCGUUACAUGUAAGGUUAUUGUGUGCAUAGCUAGACUUUCUGUUAAAGCUGUCUUUGCAGCAGCCCCCAUUCCUGAAGAGACAAACCUAUACUUUGGGACUGAUUGCCUCUUUGGGAGAGAAAUUUUACUGAACAGUAAACAUCAAAGAAAGUUAUGUGCUUGAGCAAUGACUACUCCAGGAUUGCUAUAAUUUGAGAACAAACCUCUUCCACUAACACCACUUUUGAAAGAAUCCCACAGUGGCUGAUUUAGUCUCCUUAAAUUAUUCUUUCCUGUUUCAAAAAUAGGAAUCAUUAGUAAAAUUUGACUUGACUUGUAGCAGCUUAAAUGCUGACCUAACAUAAUUUAAUAAUUAAAUAUUUGCUUUAAACCAUCCAAUUAUUUUAAGAUUAAGCAAAUAUUUUUGUUAGUGUUUUAUAGAACUUGAUACAUUAUUGAAGCGUAUCCUAAUAAAUUAGGAAAUUAUUUUUAUAUGCUAUUCCAAAAUCUUAUUCUGGACUCAAAACAGGGUGUUGAAUUUACUAUUCAGUAAUUAUUAUUGUAAGAUAUAUAUUGCUAUAUAAAUUUAUUAUACUUGUUCAGUAGAAACCAACCAUUGAAGUCUAGUUUUAUGCCACCCAAACUCUCAGACCUGAAAGCAAGAUGGUUAAUGCAAAUAGGUUCAUAAGUGUCUGUCUUCCAGACUUCACUGCAGCACUGAUGGAAUUAGAAAGUCAUUAUAGUAUGUCCAAUUGAAAGGAUGAAGUUACUUCUUUUAAUUACACCUGAGAAAGUCUAUGACCACAUAGACUUAUAGAGAUUUGAUUGAUUUGAUAUAUUUUCUAGCUCUGUGCUGUGUUGGCUGCUUGGAUUUGAAAAUUUUGUUGGUCACUUUGAAUACUAUGUCUACAGUGUAAGUUUAGUAAACCAAAUAGUUUCAACUUCAGUGGUUGCUAAAGCAUAAGACCUUGUGCUAGGAGUUAGGUAGGUCCACAAGCAGUCUAAAAAGUAUGUUCUAAAAGCAAAUAUAUGUAUCUUAUUUCUAGUGCAUCCUGUGACCAUGACGACUGAAGUUGAUUCAGACACGGAAGUAAAGGAAUCGGAGAACCUGGGAUCAAAUACAGCAAAGGAAGAUGCUGGGGAUGCAUCAGAUAGUCAAAAAGAACAGACAUCUGAAAUGAAAGAGAGUUCUCCCACUUCACAGGUGCCAGCUAGUCAAAGUAGCCCCAGUCGCUCUGGAGGAAAGGGAAUUUCUCGCUUCAUCCCCCCCUGGCUUAAGAAACAAAAAUCAUACAGCUUGGAAGAACCCAAAGAUGAAACAAAGAAAAAACAGCCAUCAGCAGCAGCAGAAGAAAUGGGAGCAGGGGAGGGUGAAUGCCAUCUUCCAGAGGAGGCAGCCCAGACUAAGGGAAAACUGGAGGACAUUGCUGAGAUUCGGCAAGAAGCUAAAGCAGAUGACAGAGAGGAAAAACAUUCUGUUAGUAGUGCUGAGACACAGGUAUGCUCUUGAAAGGAAGAAAAAUGAAACACUUUAAAGUCCAUGCAUGUUAAUUACCUAGCUGCUUAACACUAUACCCAGCACAGAAUGAAGUGUUAAAUGGGCUGUUAUAUGUUUAUAAGAAAUAUGCCUCCAGAGACCAGCCUAAUAUUUUUUUCCACAUUCAGACAUCAUCUGUUGCUUUCACAAAAUGCUGUUUUUAUAUGUUUGCAUUUUGUUGCAGCAGAAUUCUUCAGUGUAUGGGAAAUGUGUGGACUUCCAGAUGCUGUUCGGCUAUAUCUACUGUCAACCCUGGCCAAUACAACCAUUGGUUAGGGAUGGGGACCACUGUAGCCCAGUGAAACCUGGAGGGCUGCUAUACCUACCAAAAAACAAUCAUCUACAAAAUGUCACAAUUUGCAUAGAAAACCUUUCUUUGUGAACAAGUUCACAAAAAAACACACUACUAGACUAGCACCUGAAGCACAGAAAGGUAUUCCCCCCUCUGGCUGCUCAAACUCUAGGAUUAGCUGUACACAAAAUUCCAGUUUCUUCCUAGCAGCAGCUUCUUCAUUUAGAAGGGCAGUUAAUGUAGGGCUUUCACAGUGAGUGAUUCAAUCUUCUGGCAAGUAAACAACAUUAAAGCAGCUAAGAGCAGAUCUACUCUUGCUUCCAGUACAGUGUGAGAGAAACAAAUGGAAAAAUCUCAUUUGUAAAAUAAAGCAGGAUGCUAUUGGGAAAUGCUGUACAAGGAUUUGCCCUGUAGUAAAUAAUGUGCAGUUCAUUUGUUUUAAAGACUAUACUCCUGCUAGAGUAAAUUGGAGGCUGUAGGUUAGUUUUGCUAGUUGUCUGGGGGCAAUUUAGAGAAGAGAGGAGAGACAAGAAUGUGACAGAUGUUUGCUUGUCUGACAUUCAUAUAUCCAUUCAUUUUCUUGUCUAGAAAAAGUCCAUUUACUGUGAAUUCAUAGAAGCUACCCCUCCAUUCUGUAUUCAUCCAUUGUUAAGCCUAACCCAAAGUGCUGAUUCUAACUUCUAAGGACCCCAGUGUAAGCCCACACAGCUUACCUUUCCCCGUGUAAGCCUACAAAGACCCUAAGUUCGUCAUCAAAGGUCCCUCUCUGUGUGCCCACUUCAGGAGAAGCUGGGAAGGUGGCAGUGAGCAACUUAGAUUUUUUAGUGCAAGUUCCACCCAAUUAGUUGAAUGCUCUCCCCAGAGAAGUGUAGCUGUCACUAACACUGACAUCUUCAAGGAGGAAAAUGAAUACUUUAAAAAAAUUUAAAAAUUCCCUGCGUUACAUGGGGGGAAAUGUGUCUUGGUUUAUUAAUUAUUAUUUGUGGAUUAUCACUUUUGCUGUGUUACUGAUUUUAAAUGUUGUAUUUGUAUGAGUUUUAUUGUUGUAAGUCACUUUAAGACUAAUAUAAAGCACCUAAUUAAAUUAAUUUCAGUAACUGAUGGGCAGGUCUUCUUCUCUGCUGAUAAUGAUCCAUGUAAUGAGCAGAUGUGCAUAGAGGGCCUAGCCAUCAACCCAAAGAGUCUCAAAAAUAUAAGCUGGAUCUUAAGCUAUCAAUUACCAACCUGUAGUAGUAGUAGGAGGAGGAGGAGAAGAAGAAGAAAUAAUAAAAAUAAAAAUAAAAAUAAAAAUAAAAAUAAAAAUAAAAAUAAAUAAAUAAUAAAAUAAAAAAUAUAUAUAUCCUGCCCAUCUGGCUGGGUUUCCGCCAACAAAAUAUAAAAAAUACAUUAAAACAUCAUUCAUUAAAAACUUCCCUAAACAGGGCUUCCUUCAGAUGUCUUCUAAAAGUUGGAUAGUUGUUUAUUUCCUUGACAUCUGUUGGGAGGGCUAAGUGGUUUUCUAGUAGAUUCCUUAAAUGGGUAUUGAUUCAUAAGAAUAUAUUGGUUUUUCUUCUAAAUUUAUGGGGUAGGUGAUGAUAAUCCUUUAUUGUAAUAUAUCACAUUUUAUUACUUUGCAUUAAAAUUGCCUUGAUGUUCAUUAAUAUCCAUUUUCAACUUUCUUGUGCAGCCUGCUAAAGAAGACAGUAAAGAAAUUGUUUUUGAAGUAAAAGAAGACAAACAGGAUUCAGAGGAAGGCCAAAGGGAGUCCAAAGAGGUGCAGACAGGUGAAAUAAGAAUUGAGAGAGUUCUUCCAAAAACUCCUAAGAGGACCAGAACUGUCCAAUGUAAAGUGGUUCUUUUGGAUGGGACAGAAUACAGCUGUGACCUUGAGGUAAGCCAGUGAGCCUUAAGACCUUUUCUGUUGAAAGAAAGCAGUGAGUGCAGUAUGCUUUUAUUGAAAUGGAAGCUAAUGAACACAUUUUUAUGAAUCUAAUGUGUUCAUUAUGGUAUUCACAUCACUAUGGCUAAUGGGUAGUAAUGAGCCAUGCCUUUAGCUUAUUACAACACAUCCCUAAAGUGUACUGUGAACUUUACUAUAACUAUCAAAACUGCAAGUGCAAAUGUAUUAUCUUCUGUUUUAACCCUUGGUUUACAGAUCAUAAAUAAAGUUCACUAUUGAAGCUAUUUUAUGCAUGGGUUCAUGAGUCUCAAAAUGUACCCUCUCCACUUAGUCUGAUAUAGGCCCCUCUCAGUAGCAGUACAACUGCAUUGUGUGGAACUGAUCCAAUGUCCCAAGUCCCAGGUCUUUUGUUCUGGUUCCCGAAUCUUCUAACAUUUUUAAAACUCUGCUUUAAGGGAAGCUGGUGACACUGCCACUUGCAAUGCUGGUGAGACCCCAGUCACCUGAAUUUGCCCAGAGAAAAUCAUGGAAAAUUUAAGAUGGUGGAUGGCUUCCACCAACAGCAUACAAAUCAAUAUGGCUAACCUGAUCCAAAACACCCACCCACCUCACUCACACACGAAAACAAAGAUCACCACAGCCAAUCACAAGCAAACAAUCACACCCUAGGCCAACCCCAACCUCUCUCACCACCAAAGGAACACAAGUGAACAACACAAGCAACGCUGACACCAAACUCUACAUACAUUAAACAUAAUAGAAACACCGCCACCCGACCCCACCCCCAUCCAUCUUCCCUCUCUCCACCCCCCCUUUCUUUUUUCCUUUUUUUCUUCUCCCCCUAAUGCCUCAACAAAUGAAACGGAUUUGUAAAAAUGUUACACGGAAGAAAAAAAAUACGAGGCAUUACACUUACUUCUGUAAAACAAGGAAAUCCUUAAUAAAAUAUUAAAAAAGAAGAUGAUGGUGGAUGGCUAGAGUCCGUCUGGUGCUCUACUUUGUGGUGCUCUCAGCUGUCCUCUAAGCAAAAAUAUAAAAAUGGAAACUCUUCUUGCCUGUGCUUGGUAAGUUGGGGGGCAGUGAAUGAUGGGAGCCAGGAGGGGCAGCACAGUAAUAGGAGGGAGGAGAUGCUGGUGAAGCUUAUUGGAUGACCAUGGGCUAGUCCUCCCUUGCAAUCAAACACACAUCAAAGGGUUGUGAGCAGGACAAAACUGACGCAUGAAAAGCAUGAGCACUGUCCUGAGCUUCUGGAGGAAUGUAAUGAGAUGUCUCUAGGAAGUUGGGCACAUGAGAAUACCAUUUUCCAGUUAGUCAUCACUAUUUGGAAUUCAGAAACAAGAUGCAGAGUUUGGCAGAACCAGGUAUCUGGAGCAGGGUUCCCUGAUGGCCAUUGGGCAUCUGGGCUGUUUGUAUGGGAGGAGACAGUUCUUCAGUGACCCAAGACUUUAGUAAGGGUGGGUAAUCACGGGCCACAUUGAGCAAUUACUAAACUUCCUUGGGAUCCAUGUCAAAGUAAACGUGUGUGUGGCUGAUGUUUAAGUUUUUUUGUUUUUUGUUUAAGUACAAAUUUUGGAGAAUUUUAGGGGGCUAAUAAAAAUCCUUUGCUAUUACUAAAUCAUAGUAUAGUAUCUAUGGGAGCAGUCAGGAAAAAAAAAUUUAAAAUAUUAAAAUGGAUUGCGGGGUGGCUCAAAUUUUGACAUCACGGCAUCACAGUGUAGGACCCAUUUUGAGAGUCAAUCUUUUUAAAACACUAAAAACAUUGACUCUCAAAAUGGGUCCCACACAUUUUGGAGGGAUCUAUUGGGGGGGGCAGAUAUUGCUUAUAGAGUGCCAGUUAGCUACCCCUGCUGUGCUCAGAAAAUGUUAAUACUAGUUUCAAAAUGUUCUCAAGGUCAGUUCCACACACUGACCUUAAUAGUCCAGUUUAGAAGCUACUUGUACACCUGUCACCAGAUCAUCUUUAGAAAAGACUGGGCAGCUGGUGAACCAACUAAAGUUGGAAGAAGUCCUCUUGAUCAUAGAUGCCAUCUGGUGAUCAAAUAACAGAGCCAGGGUCAGCCUGAUUUUUACAUUUUUCCUAAUUCAGGACAUAUGCCAAGGUAGCUCUCAUCUGCUAGGAAAUGGCAGUUUUAGGCCAGUUUUUUCACUGACUUGAGUGGAUCAUAUCUUUUCAUUUUUUCUAUAUUUUCUCUGCUUUAAUCCUUGACACCUCCCACAUUGUCUAGAUAUGUUUUUUGCCAGUAUUGUACCUACUAGAGAUAGAUGGGACAGCUUUCUGCAAAUAAAACAGAGAAAUCUUAAUGUUUAGAAGUAAAUAGACUGCUACGUUGUCCCCUUGUAGCUGUUCCUCUUCAAAAUUAUCCUCCUAUAGCAUUGUACUUGAAGAAAAAGUAGUGUUAUCUGUAAUAGUGGGAAAUUCAUUCACACCCAAUAAUGAUUUGCACUGACUAGUUGAUGCUAACGAUUGUUAACCACGGUGCUGAUGCAACACUUACAUUACACAUAAGACUGGUGGGAAGAUCAUAGGAGGAAUGGGGAAACUGGGAGAUGAAGGGAUUGUGUUGCUCUAAGCUGGCUCCCAAGCCCUUAACUAUGACUAAGAGAUUAGAAGUGAUGUACUCUGGAUUAAAACAGCUGUAAUUCCUCCCUCUCCUUUUUUUUUUUAUUACAUAGAUUUUAAAUGGUUUAGUUAUGAUUUUUUUUUUUUAGAACAGGGCAUACUGUAACUAUACUGCUUAAAAUUUUGCAAAAAUAGAGUGGCUGAAUUUGGAGUGUGUGCUGGUUGAAUACUAGGUGGACUAGCACUGUUCUCUGCCAGCGCUCAGGGACAUUAUUGUCAAUAUAUACCCUUUUGCAGUCAGAAAAGCUUUUAGUGUUUCUAGGUUGAGCCAGUGCUCAUCAAUGAAUGGUUGGUGUGUGGGAAAAAAAGGCCUGAGGAGGUGGGUUUAUGAAUGAAUGGAAGAAAAUAAUACUCUGUACUACGCAACAUUUUUUUUCUGUUCAGCUUUAUAGUUAGAUAAAUUAUUCUGAUUACUAUAAUAUACACUGUUCUCAAACAUAGUAUAGUUCUUCAAGUUAUGGUUCCUUGGGGUUCUGAAUAUACAUGCAUAGGAUUGUGCUGUUUGGGUGUCAAAACAUAUGCUUUAUAAUAAGCACUGAGUAGAAGUUUGAAACCCAAGGUCUGAAGUAAAGCUGUGUAUUAGCAGUUGAGUUGUUACUUACAAAGAAUAUAAUUCAUGUUGGAUGCCUUCAUAUGCCCCAACUGCAACAAAACAUGUUACUCCUGCAUCGGUCUCUACAGCCACAGUAGGUGCUGCAACCUUCCAGCAGUUUGACCUCAACCCCAAAGGCACAUUCCUCCAUUGUCUCCUGAAUGGUAUAAAUGCCGACCUCAUGUUGGCUGAGGAAAUUUUAUGGUGUCAGAGAAUUAGUAGCACAUCCCAAUUACCUUUCUAUCUAAAGGUAAGAUGUCUUUAGAUUCAGACACAACUACUAGCUGCAUGGCGCUGUGGUCUAAACCGCUGAGCUUCUUGGGCUUUCUGAUCGGAGCAGUUUGAAUCCGCGCCAUGAGGUGAGCUCCCACUGCUCUUUCCCGGUUUCUGCUAACCUAGCAGUUUGAAAGCGUAUCAGUGCAAGUAGAUAAAUAGGUACCGCUGUGGUGGGAAGGUAAACAGCGUUUCUGUGCGCUCUGGUUUCCAUCACGGUGUUCCAUUGUGCCAGAAGCAGUUUAGUCAUGUUGGCCACAUGACCCAGAUAGCUGUCUGCAGACAAACGCCGGCUCCCUUGGCCUGAAGCGAGAUGGGUGCUGAUUUACUGGGCUUCUGAUGUCACUGUGACAAUUGGAGGAAAUUAAUUGUUCAAGGUCCAAGUGCUGCUGUAUUUAUACCGUGUACUGAUUUAAUUUUUUUGAUUAUUUUAAUAUUUUAUCAUGUUUAACUUGCUUUUAUGGUUGGUGUCUUAAUUAGUAUUUUGUAAAUAGCCACGGGAUCCUGCAUGAAGGGUGGUUUAAAAGUUGAACAAACUAAGAAAUAUGGAUUGUAUUAUCUUAUGGAGACUGGACUUGCUGGAUGGAUACAUAUCAUGAGGCUUGUGCUAGAUAUGCUACUAUGUGCUGCCUAAUAUGUUAAGUGACCUAUCUUGAUGGUCUUCAACAGUAGCUGUUACAUUGAGAGUGUACAAUGUUACACACUGUAUUCAUUAAACAAAGCAAUGGAGUCAAAAGUAAUCUUACCUCAAAUUUGCCAGAGGCCGUGUUUAUAUAAAAUAGCUACUAUGAGAACAAAAUUUGAUGUGCUGUAUAUUAUGACAGGACUUUGCUUGCAAAAAUAACUGUUUCCCAUGAAAAUUAACAGGAGAAAUAGCAAUAGUAGAAAGUAGUUUGAUACAGUCAUAUAAAUUAUUAAACAGUUGUAACUAUGUUAAUGUAGCUUGAUUGCAGUAUGCACACAAUCUUAUUUUAGAAUUUGUUUUAAGACUCUAAACGUUCUACUUAAAAUAUUGAUGUUUUGAAGCUGGCUUCCUAAAUCCUGUUUGGCAUUGUUCUGUUUGCAUAGAACGGUCAAAAGUUUAUCCAUUUAUGAACAGAAACAUUUUACUAAAUUAUGUAGAUCAAAGGCAGAUUGGGACAUACUGGUAGAUCUCUCAAUGAAUUGCAGUAGGCUUGUAGAUUUUGCUGUUUGACAAUAGCAACAGCUAAAAUCGCUUCAUUUCAAAACCAGUUUCUGUUGGCCAUAGUGCCAGUGGUGCCAAAGUUUGAUUUUAUUUAUUUAUUUCUUUGCAUGCAGGUAUUUGAACUUCACAUAGUGAAGUGCAUCAAGUAGUUAUGUAUAGUUUUAAGUCUGACCUACUGCUGUUAUAUAACGUCUUAAAAUGCCUUUAGAAUAUGAUACUCAGGAUAUCUUCUGUGAAUGCUGAAAAGUGUAAGAGGGGUAAUUUAUGGUCACUGAACAGCUAUCUAACAAAACAGGUCUUUUCUCAUCCAAAUUCUGUAACUGAAAGCAGAGAAAUAAUUCAUCUUGGUAGCAUUUUUUAUGUUUUCCAUCUUGUGUAGCGUUGCCGUCUACCAAGUUUUAUUGGGUUUGAGGUGAGUGCUAUCUUUCUCUUCUUCCUCAUGCCAGGGGAACCUUAAAGUACUCUCCUGCUGGUCCCCUGAGAGCUAUAAGAGGAUGGUGCAUUAGAAAUGGGCAAGGAUCUCAUUACUGAUAAGGGAUUGCACAGGUGUGCUUUCUCAGUCUUGCCUUAACUUCUUAUGCUGUGCCUAAUGAGCCCUCUAUCCACAGCUUUUCCCCACCCCCACCCCCUGAAAGCUGUCUUCCCACCAGUCUCAUGGAAGGGGGAGUAAAUACUAUGUUAAGAGAAUAAAAAAGAGUUUCACUGCUCACAUUUGGAUUUCAGUGGAAUACUAGGCAUAGUCUCUCCAAAUGAGUAACAAUAUUUUGUUGAACUACACACAUAUAAAGUACACAUUCUGCUACUUUAAUUAAAACGUCUAUAUGUUUCAGUUGAUGUAGUUCUGGUGUAGAAAAAGAGAGAAGCUGUAUUGUGAAUAAUUUUAACAGCUUUAAUUGUUUUUUGAAUACUUAUCUUGUCUAAAUAAUGCAAAUGAUAUAAAAAGCUGGCUUAGUACUUCCUCUUCAUACAGCACAAAUGAGAAUUACAUUGGAGGCUUUCUACGCAGGGUGCUGUUCUAAUUAAACUUUUAUGACAAAAGGCAUUUAAAAGAUGGCUGCAUGACCAUAUUUUAUGCACGUCUGAACAACUGAAGCAUAUUGAAGCUGACAUAAGUUUUUAAUGGUUUUGUACAGUUUGCUUAGAUGAAAUAGAUGUGUGCACUUGCUACCAUAGGAGGAAUUAAACUUUCAAAUACCACAUGACCUAUGAUUUAUUAGUGAACUCAUGAUAUUUCUAAAAUGUAGGAAAGUGUGUUUUGAACCAUGAACAAUAUUUACUUAAAUCAGUUGUUGUAACAGAAGCUGUGCAUAUUGUCCAUCUUGUCUAUCUGUUUCAAAGAAACACUCCAAAAUUAUAUUAAUAACAAAGAUUAAUGCUAUGGGGGUAGGGGACAGCCUGCGGCAGUCCCAGGGUGUGGUCAGAAGGCAUGUGAAGGCUUCCUAAGCAGGUCUGGUCAGUGCCUAGAUGAAUGACAGUCUGUGUUCCAUGUGUAUGCUGCCAUGGGUUCCCUAAUAGAAGAAAGAUGAGAUAUAAAUGUAAAUAAAUAAAUCACCACUUUGCUACAUCCUGCUGGACUUUUGCUUGCUAGGCUGGAAUGUGGUGGGAUGCAUUCCUCCUCUUCAUUGUUCACUUUGCCCCCUCCCAUUUGCUUAAAGGGAGGGAAGAGAACUAUACCAGCUCCCAGAAUAGCAUACGUUUUUCCCAUGUUGGGGAAAUCAAAAGGCACUGGAUCCUGCAAAUGUUAUGCUGUCCCUAGUCCACUCUGACAAUAACCCUAAGACUCCCCAUUUAUUUUCCCACCUCUGUCAGAGCACUAACAAUGGCACUUUCCACCACAACACUAAGGAGGCAUCUUGUGGUGGACCUCUUAGGAAGCUGAUUUACACUGAGCCAGACCACUGGCCCAUCUAGCUCAGUAUAGUCUACACCAGGGGUGGCCAGCUCCCAAGAGACUGCAAUCUACUCACAGAGUUAAAAGCUGGCAGUGAUCUACCCCCUUUGGGGGCUUCAGGUCAAAGUUAUUGAGCUUUUUUAAGGAAGGAAAGUCCUGUUUUGGGGAGUGCAGGGCAAAAAUGCCGAGCUUCUUUUAGGGGAGCCAAAGUUGUUGAGCUUCUUUGGGGGGAGCCAGUGAUCUACCAGUAAUCUACCACAGACACCCAGUGAUCUACCGGUAGAUCACGAUCUACCUGUUAGACGUGCCUCGUCUACACUAACCGGUAGCACCUGGCCAAGAUUUCAGGCCUCCCUCUCAACUGGCAGGAAGGGAAGUCUGCAACAUCAAUGGCUAAUGAGUCAUCCUCGCAGGGAGCUUAGAAUUGUUCCCUAAGCUGCAUGUUUAUUCUAUUGAUUUCUGAUCAGACACUUAGAUUUAGAAGCAAAACUUAUUAUACUAGUCUAGUUUAGACUGAAGGCCCCUGGACCCUUUCCCAAAGAAGGGCAGAAAACAAAAUAAAGACACAAGCUACAUGUGACAUCCAGUUGCUUGUAGUUUCCCCCACAUUACUUUUUUAACAAAAUGCAGCUCUGGAGAUUUGGUGUGAGUAAAAGGCAUGCAUGUUAUCGAAGCUGAUAAUUCUUUCCUUCAGUUUCUUAAUUAAAAAUCACCUCCCCACCCCACAGGGAAAGAUAUGGAUGACUAUAUCUGGGCCAUGAUGCUGGAUGGAUGUAGAGGGAUAUAUUUGAUUAUAAAUCAUUAGCAGGCUGUUACCUUAGAAACGAAAAAAUCAGUUUGUUUUUGAAAUAGUUAAAAUCAAUGCAUUUUUUGAAAGUUUCAGUUCAUCAUCUUGAUUCAAAAUGGCAUCAGAUUGAAUCCAAACAUAUACAAAAACCUGCUCCUUAAUCUCAGGAAUUGCCACACAAAAUUAGGUUACAGUAGUUUAAGUCCAAAUGCAUAGUGAAUAGACAAACAACUUUCUAAGAUACAUAGUAGAUAAUGUAAAUUACUAAAAACAAAGAUUGAUACUUCCCAUACAGGUGUGCAUGCCAACCAAUAGUACUGUGUUGGGGGAUGCAUUGUAUGUGUAUGUAUGUACUUUUGUCUUUUUAUAUUGUAAACUAUGUAAUUUUUGAAUGAAGACCGGUAUAGAAAUUAUACUAAUACAAAUAAUCAGUUGGUAUAAGCUUUUAUACAGCAUGGGAGUAAUGGUCAUGUAGCCCAUGUAUACUACAGAAUGACUGCUUAGAGACAAGAGGCAGAUUUUGUGACCAACAUGCUAAAUGAGAUUACUUACUUGAAAGUAAGGCUGCAGUUGUUAUCUGAAUUGGAUUUUAAAUUAUUUUUAUAUGUGCAGUUCUUUUAUAUAUGUUUUUAUUGUAUUGUGGAAUUGCUUAGAGGUGCUCCAUAGGAAGCAAUUUAUAAAUGAAAUAAGGUUAGAAUACUGUUCAUGCUUACUUGGGAGUUAGUCUGAACAGAGUGGGAUUUACUUUUGAGUAAAUAUUUUUAUUUCAUUAGUUUUAUAAUAAAAUAAAAUCACAGCCUAAAAACUUCCCCAGACCCCCUCCACUAUACCAAGAGUCUACUAGCACUUCUGAAUAAAUAUUAAUAGGAUUGGACAGGAAUGUUUUAUUAGACAUCACUGUGCAAACUAGUAAACAAUCAGAUUUGAUCAGUAAAGUCUUGCUUAUUCAUAAUCUGAGCACUGAAGAUAGAGGUUCAUUCAUGCACGUCACGUCAUGGAUGAACCUGAUAGAAUGCUCAAUAACAUCUGGGUUUAUACUCCUUUUGAGAAUUUACUACUCCUUAAGCCCAGUAGUAAAGCACAACAAUACAGUGGUACCUCGCAAGACGAAUGCCUCGGAAGACGAAAAACUCGCAAGACGAAAGAGUUUUUGGUUUUUUGAGUUGCUUCGCAAGACGAAUUUCCCUAUGGGCUUGCUUCGCAAGACGAGAAACGAAAAAAACGAAAACGUCUUGCAAGUUUGUUUCCUUUUUCUUAAAACCGUUAAUACCCAGGGUGACUUCGAGGAGCAACUCAUAGCACGUGGUGUGGUAGCCUUUUUUGAGGUUUUUGAAGACUUUGGUGAUUUUGAAGACUUUGGGAAACCGUGCUUCGCAAGACGAAAAAUUUGCAAGACGAAAAAACUCGCAGAAUGAAUUAAUUUCGUCUUGCGAGGAACCACUGUAAGUACAAUACACAAUUUGUGUCCUUUUAUAGUACUUAACUACUGAAAUGAGCUAUUCCUAUCCUCAUGUGUCCUUUUCUUUUACAUAACCUCCCUUCAACUCAGUCUGUUUGAUAGAUGGUCAGACUCAUUCUAAAGAAAUGUUAAGUAUAUAAAAUGGAAAAUUGUUUGUAUUUUAUUUCAAUUUCAUUUUAAAUCAGGCUGUUUGUAAAAGGAGCUUGUUACAACUGCAUUUUUUUAUUCUUUGGUUAAAAGUUUUUUAAAGUUGUUUUUUAAGCUACCUUGGGCAGGAGGCAGUUAGUAAAGGCCUCCCAUAAUAUCAGCCACAAGUUAGGAAAUGUGUGCGUGUGUGUUGUACCUGAAUAUAUAUUUUCCCAUAAUCUUGCUUAUUCUCUGAUGUAUUUGUUGAUAUACGUUAACUACAUAUUGUUCCUUGUGUUUCAAUGGAUGAGAUGCUGCAUUGAAGGAUCUAGCUAAAACUGUAAAUACUGGGAUCUAAAUUGAGCAGUCCAGUCCUGUAUGAAUGUGCUUUGAUUCCUUUUGAAACAAACAAACAAUGUAUUUAUUGUGCUUGGUAGUUGCACUGCAUACCUUUUCCCCCUUGUCCUUUGUAUUUGUACAGUAUAGCUCACAACUACUGUGUAGUGCAUAGCUCACAGAGCAUAGCAGGCUUGUUCAGUUUUGAGCUUUCUAUCUCUGGCUGCUAGGCACAAUAACUUCAGUGUCGCAAGAGCCUACACAUAGGCAGUUGAUGGAGUUCCUUUGGAAUUGCAGUGGCGUCUAGUGAAAUCUGCAGGAUAAGCAAUUGCAAAAAUGCCUUUCAACUGCCAGGUCUCAAAAAUGUCAUAUUAUGGCUGCUUUACCAAAUGCCAUAAAUAGCAGAGUAAGGACGUGGGACUUGCUUGAAGUAUAAGGCAGCAUGCUGAUCCUCUCCAAUUGUGCCAAAGAGAAAUUGCAGUUUCUCAAAGAAUUUCCAAAUAUCAGUGUGAUAAGCCUCAGGGGCUUUUGGGUCCUUUGCUAACACCUUGCAAUUUAAGUAAGCCCCAGUCUCUACCGCCAAGCAAUGACUCCUGAGGAGACCAUGUGUGGGUCCACCUGUGCUGGAAGGAACAGGAUGGAGCACUAAUUCAUCUGCAUGAUGGGAGAGAGGAGUACAGCAGAAUGGCCUCAGCUGAACCAAGUGUAGUCAGUGGCAGAUUGAUAGGUCUGCACAGUAUGCACAGAAUUAGGGCCCCAUGUGACAAAGGGUGCCCCAAAUUCUUAGCAUAUAUUGUUAUCUGAGAGGAUCCUUAUGAAACGUGACUAAAAUAAUGGAUUGCCAUUGCUGAUGAUGUUGAUGAUGAUGAUUAGCUGUUGCUGUUUCUGCUUUUCAUUCCUCCUACUUCCUGAUUAAAGUCAGCGGAGGCUGGUCCUUUAGGCCAUCCAGGCCAACUAGUGCUUAUCCCUACCAAGUAAAAUGCAAAAAUUUCCCUAAAAUCUCAAAGCCAUACAUCCUUCCACAAUCCAUUUGAGACACUUGGAGAGACUGAUCUGUCAAUCUUCCAUUCUCUGACCAGCUCUCUGCACCACACAGCCAAUCUCAGUCCAAAAGUAUUGCUAUGGCCAGGAGGUCCUACCCAUCUGUCUCCAUACCGAAAAACAUCGUGAUAGUAAAUUUGUAUGUUAAUGGAACUUCCAGCACUUUUAGCCCUUGUUGUGCAGUUUCCCCCUCUUUUCUGUUGACAUGUUGGCAAUCCAGCCACAUUUGCAGGUCUGCUGUUCUGAAUGACCCAGAAGCCAGUACGUCUGUUCUGAGCAUGCUCAGAGCUGUUUGCUUUAAGGCCACACCUACGCAGAAGCAAAGCUUAGGGCCCAACGUCCCUGAUCAGCUUUGUUGUUUUAUUCUAACCCCCUCCCCCACCUACCAUUUAUGUGAGUGAGCUACACUGGACACAUGGUGAGUCUCUUGUUUGUAAAAAAAAGGGGGUGUUGUUUGUUUAUUUUACUUAUACUAGUUUUUAAAUUGAUGGGGAAGAUAGGGAUGGCAAAAAAUGGGGAGCACAUUUCCUGUAACAGUUCACCUUCAUUAAAAGAUAAUGGAAUUAAGAAAAUAACAUAAUUAUGCUAAGGAUUGAGGGAAGGGGAGGAGAAGAGAAGGAAGAGAAGAGAAGAGAAAAUGCAUUAUUUCUUUCAUUUUCUUUCUUGACAUGCUGGACCAUGUAUUUCCUUUGGACCGUUGCAACUUCUUUUGUAAACCCGGAGUGGAACUGCCCUAGGUUCUGGUGGAGCACAUAAAACGCUCUUUGGACCUUAACAUUACUAUGUGUUGGUGCUGGAGUCACUUGUCCCCAUCCCCUGGGCCUGGCAUUUUGGUAAAAGACUAAGAGUGAUUCCAAGUAUUAUGUGGCUGUCUAGCAAAGACUGGUUACAUUCAGUGCUAGUCCUACUCAGGGUAGACCCACUAAAAUUAAUGGAAUUAAAUUUGUCAUGUUAAUUUAUUUCAAUGGGUCUCCUCAGAGUAGGACUAGUAAUGGACACAACCUAAUGAAUUUAUAUUCCAGAUUGACAUUUCUGUUGUGGAACCAUUUUACUAAAUUCAAACAGAUUCCUCUUUCAAAACCUACAUGUUCUUGGAUUAAAGGAUGCAAAUCUUAAAUUACAUUGCUUACUCUUUGAUAUUUUUGUGUGACACAGUGCUAUUAUUGGAAGACUUCAAGCUUACUAUUAGGAAUUGUAUGUAGCUUUUUGUUCUGUUUAAGAGUAUAUUUCAAUUACUUAAAUACCGGGGGGGGGGGGGCCAUCUCUUAACAGGGGUUUCCUAUUUACCAAUUGCAGGUUUCAAGUACAGCUGUUGGGUUCUUUCUUCUAAUAAAUAAAGGAAAAUAAGGAGGAACAAAUUUUGAACAUUUUUUCUUUGUUAGUAUGUUGAAGUGAGACGCCUUAAAAAGUUUUAACAUAUUUAUAGUUUGAAAUAAAUGUUUUAAUAGUCUAUCCUGUUACUUGACAGUAGUGUUCUUUCUCCUUAGAAAAAGGCUAAAGGCCAUGUGCUAUUUGAUAAGGUGUGUGGACAGCUUAACUUAUUGGAAAAGGACUACUUUGGUUUACUGUUUCAAGACCAUGCUGAUCAGAAGGCAAGUACUAAAUUUUGCAUUAAUAACAUUUGUUUAAUGUUUUCAGUCUUCUCCAUCCUACUUCAGAGCCUCAAACUUCAGAGAGCUCUUAUGACUAGCAUGUUUGGUCCUAGUUGGUGGUAAACUUUUAACAAGUAACAUAUUUCAAAUUGAGGAAGAAUAUCAGUGCCAGUAGCAUUGGCUCCAUUCCCUAGGUUCAUUCAGAUAAUUCUCCUGAAGGAUUUGAAACGAGCAGUGGGGAACCUCAGAUUCAUGUGCAGUCCUUCUCUUCUUCAUGUGAGGGGAGAAGAUUAGAAGCUACUUAGCAGCAAACCAUAAUCUCCCCUUGGAUGUGAAGGAGGCAAGAAACCUAUGCCUGAGGCUUGCUGUCAUGGUUAGGGUGAAUCUCUAUGGCCAAUCUCACUGUCAUGAGAUUCAGCACACAAGCCAUGCUCACUCUUGUCCUUCCUACUCUUCUGUUCCUAGUGGACAAAUAUGCAUGUAAAGCAAUUUUCUCAACAAAGCCCAAAAAUUACAAAACCUAGGAAAAAUUACAACAAUGCCAGGAAAAACAUCAACAGCAAGGAGAUGGCUCCAUCAUGAUAACCCAGAAAUACAACACCCAUUGGUGUUUUCCCCAUGGUAGCCUACAACACUGCAGCAAGGCUUGAUUUAAAGCUGUGAGGACUUCUCUUGCAUUUGGCGUUUCAGCUCAAACAUUCAUCACCCCGCUUUAUUGUUUUCCUGUUUACUAAGGAGGGAAACGGAGCAAUAAUUUUUGCAUUGGGGACUGAUAAGGAUCAUCUGUUGACAAGACACAGUCUUUCUCUUUUUCUGAGGAGGGUCUUGUCUGCAUUUACAUGAAAGACAAAAAGAAAGAGAUAGGAAAGAGCAAAGCCAUACCAAGCUCAUCAAAUCAAGAAGAAUUCUGCUAACCAGGGUGUUGGCAUGAGAACUCCUGGAUAUUUUAUGUAGCUGUUUAUCAGCAGCUAGGCUCUGAGGCAAAAUGUCAAUAAUUGAACUUAAUUUUGACAUUAUGCUCAAGACAUUCAGCAACAGUUUUUAAAAAGCUAUUUUAUCUUUCUCGUCUCUAACCAGAUGAGAAAAUGUUGUCAAAAUUUAGAAAUUAGUGAUCUGCACCAAAGAAAAUGAUAAAUAUAUAAAAUGACAGCUUGUAAUGAUGACACAAGUGGACACAGAAAUCAUAUUUGUUUAUAUUGUUUCUCCUUACCUUGCCAUGUUGUUUUUUGAAUUUUAUAAUAAGGAAUACACAUUACUGAAGCCUCUUACAGAUUUUAUCAACUGAGUUUUGCUACUAUUACCUCUGCCGUCCCUCAAAUUUAAAAAGCUUAAGAUGGAAUAGUUCUCAUCUUGGCACCCAUGUAUCCUAAUUCAUUUUUUCCUACUGUGGCCAUUGCCUCCUCAGAUUAAAAUGCCACAAAAAUCUCUGACCUACAGCCCAGUAAAUGCUGAAUGAUGUGUGUUUUCUUAUUCUUGUACAUUCAUCAUAGCCACCCAUUUAUGAGCCAGCUGUUGCACUAGACUGCAGCUGCAGAAUGUAGAAACUGAAUGCCAGGCUCUUUCUUCUCAGCAGAGAACUAGAUGUGGUCCCUAAUGAAGCUCCAAGGUACUUUGGAAAGGAGAUCUAGGUAGUUAACUGUGGCAUAAGUCUGCACGAUUUUUGACAACUUAAUGAUAUUUACAGACAGCAGAAAAAUAUUUUGUUGAAAAGUAUACAUGCUAUCAUAAAUGCCCAAGUGAUUUAUUUGCACCAUUCUACUCUGAUUUCAUUAUGAAUUGUGGCAAGUAGUGCUUCUCUGAUUCCAACAUUAAAGCAUCUAAAUAUUUGUGGGGAAGCACCUUACAUAUCCUUGUAGACAGUUUAGUGCUCUCUGUUUUGAAACAUCAGACCAUAGAUUUUGUGAACAAAAUCACACUGAGGAUAAGAUGUAGAAUAUGUUCAGCUUUCUGAUUAGAUUACAUUUUUCUUUUUUUGCUUUUUUGUAUCAUUUACAACUGCUGUAUAAUGAAGAGACAGUCUGUCUUUUGUGUGGAAUAAGACAAAGAUAUUGCAUAUCCAGUAGCCUUUUCUUGAGUGGUUGGCAAAUAUAUAGUGAGAGAUAUUGCAAUCCAUGCUGAUCUUUGCCUUCUUUAAAUGCAGGUGGAUGAGAUAGAUGGCCCGGGAUAGUUUUUCAAAAACAUUUAUUAUAUUAUUGUUAUUAUUAUCUAUUUUUGCUAAAGUCAUCUUCCUGUCAGGUGCAAAUAUAUGCAAAGAGAAGGAAGAAAAUCACUAUAGCUUGAUAUCUGAAGUAGACUUGCUGUCAAAGAAACUGCAGGCUGAUUUUGAAAGAAUAGCAAUAACUUAGUUUCACAGAGCUGUAUAUAAAAUGUGUCUUUAAGUAUCCCGUGCUUUUCUUCCAACUGCAUCAAUCUUGUGCAAUUCCUUAUUAUUCCUUUUUUCUUUUCUUUUUUAGAAUUGGCUUGAUCCUUCAAAGGAAAUAAAGAGGCAAAUUCGCAGUAAGUAUUAAGCAGGUUUUAAAAUUAUUUCACAACUGAGCAGAACAUUUCUGUUGGUUCUUGAGUUUCAUUUAGUUAGUCUUUCAGAAACUAAUUGCAGUGCAUUUGUCUGCAUCAGACCGAAGCCCAAGAAGGUUGGAGACCUGUCAACUGCAAGGCAGCACUAUCUCUUUAGUGUCUAAGACUAUGUAUAUCCACUUCAGAAAUUUUCUCACACACUGCUGUUUUUAAGAGUAACCUUUGCCACCAAGCAGUGUGCAACUUUUAUUCAUUUUAAGCACCACCAUCCCAUUUUUCUGCUGGAAAGGCUUCUCAAAAUGCACUUAGAUUUCUGCCCUCACAAAACUUGCAAUUUAAAAUACCCAACACAAAAAGUAAAAGGAUAGGAUGGGAGGAGGAAAAUGACAAACCUGUACAGUAGUUUUAAAGUUUCUAAGUUAUUAUACCAACCAGCUGGGAUGGAAACAGUUCAGAGAGAUGGGAAACCAAAGACAGCUAGUUUUUUGAGCAUAGCAGAUCGCGUAGCCUUGCUUCCCUUCUUUGGCAUUUGCAAAUAUGCUUGUUCUUUUUGUUUAACUUUAGUAUCAGUAGCAAAAGACUUUGAACAGUGUCAGGUAUGGUAAAAAACAUCUCUUUUACAUUUGUAUGUUUGGCCGUACAUUUGUAUGGCCAAACAGUAUAUAACCAUUAUGGGAAGGAUCAUUACAGGAAGGUUUUCAUGUUCCUACCCUACACAUGGUUAAGGGCCUUGGUGAGUUAGCUUAAAUAGAAGCUGGAAAAGAGUUCUACCAAGUACUUCCUCAUUGUGCUCAUAGGGUGUCACCUUUUCAUUUGUACAGAGAAAAACAGGGAAAUGGGGCCGGGAGGAGGAUCAGUGGAUGAGAGACAAUGAAGUAUUUCUGAUUAGACAUGCUCACUAAAAUUGGGAAGUAGCUUCUUAGUAAUUUGAUACACGAGGAAAUUCUCAGGCUACAUUCUAAGUUUUGUGAAGUCCUUUGCUUCAAUAUGGUACCACAAAUAUCAGUACCAUACAGUUUUAUGAUUCUAUGAUUUUUAUUCAGUAGCAUUAUGUUAGCUUCUGAAAAUAAGGCACACUUAAUGUAUUGGUGGCUUGUGUUCAUGAUAGCCAGAAUAUUCCUUCAAAGAACAGUAACGUUUGAGUCUGAAGUGCAACACUGCAGAGAUUUGCACUUUACACUAAACAAUUAUUCAUUUGGCAUGCAACCUACAGUCGUGAAAGGUCAGAUUUGCAGCCUAUACAUACACAGAUUCAUGAAUAGAAUGAAGAAUGCCUGUAAAGGUUACUGUGCAGCCUACAAUGCUGGAUUCCAGAUCAUAACUAAAACUAAACUUAUUUUUGCAGUCAUACAAAAAAUCUAGUUGAUUAUUUUCUACCUACUUGACAAUAGUACACUUUGCAAGAGAUCAUCAAAUGUUUCAACUAUUUGUACGUUCAGGGUUACAUACACAUUAUCUCUCUUUUACGUUGGAGUUAACAUGCCUGGGAUUGCACUGCAAUUUAGGAUUAAAUGAAGAAACAGUCAACCUUAUUUAUGGUUUCAAUUGAUAAUUAAAAACAAAAACAAAAGUAGGACUAACAGUUUCAAUUUUAAAAUGUAGACAGUAAGCUUAAUUAAAUAACACUAAUUAUAAUGGUAAGGUUCUAUGUAUGUUGAUUAAAUCUCAUAUUUCUUAAAAUAAAUGCAUGUAACUUAAAAAAAUGUUUUGCAUUUAUUUUUCUUUUUAAAUCAGGCUUCUAUGUCAGCAUAAUAGCCAAAUUCUAUAGUUGUACAAAUUUGCAUAUACUUGUUGUGUAUAUAUUCUUGUUUAUUAUGAAAGGGGCAGAAAGUGUCAGGCCACUAGCCAAUGGGAAUAUUACUUGGCCGCAACACCCUUGGCUUCUGAUAUUUUAUUAAUUUCAUUGUCCACACAAGCUAAAGACAAUAUUCACAGGUAGGGGACUAGAAGUAAGCUUUAUAAAAAAGGCGAUGAAGAGAAUGAGCUGAGAUUUCCCAGGACGCUGAGUUCUGUUCCUAAUAUCAACUGCCUGCUGCCUUGCUCUUUUGUGCUGAAUGCAGUGGUUUAGUUGUGCUUAGGGAUGGGAGAGUAAUUCAAUUUGGUUCACAUUUUGAUGUGAGCCUACCUAAUUCUCAUUUCCAAAAUGCAGUUACCCUUUGAAAUUCACUCUUAUCUGAGUUCUGCAAUGCCAUUCUCCAAUUAAAAAAAGUUUGCAUGAAUGCAUAUAUCAAAAGUGUAGUCCAACAUCUUCUGGAGGGUCAACCGGUUCCUCAUGUAUAUGUUGAUGGCAUCUCACCUCAAAUCUUUGGAUGACUUGACUUAGCGCAGUGGUUUCAUGUAGAUGUUAAAUAGCACGAGGGACAAAAUAGAAACGGUUAAGAUCCCAAGGAGUUAUAGUAGUAGCUUUGCAAGAGAACUGAAGAAUAUGUAAAAUAUGUUCAACUUUUAAAAGUGCUUUGAAAGUAUCAUGUUCUAGUUUUUAGUGUACAUUAUUCCCCAAGUGUAUAAGUAGUAGACGUCAGUGUACAUGCUUUUGUCUUCUUAUCCUCCCACCAAUACAUUUCCUGGCCUUUUGGAAUUUCCCAAUUUAGAUUUGCCCUGGCUAUUUACAUUUAAUGUGAAGUUUUAUCCCCCGGAUCCCUCACAGUUAACAGAAGACAUCACCAGGUAUGCCAUGAAGCAUUACUACUUGACUUUGAAUCCUGUGUUUUUCAUAUUUCCUUGGAAUGCUAUGUAAAGUUUAAGUCUGUAAGCUUAGGAGAACAUGACCAAGAUAGAAAACACAACAAAUAGUUUUUGGCUCAGAGCUCGGUAAUGUCUGGAGACAUCUUGCACCUGCUUGCUGCUAGCAACUUAUCCUGAAUCAGGAUUCUGAAAUAUUUCUCUUGGAUCUCUGAUAGUGUAAAAGUUAAGAUAACAAGUGAAAAUGUAUAUGGCUUAUAGAUUCCUUUAGAUGAAUUUUGGGGAGCAGGGACUGGCAUAACCUGAAGCUUUCUGUUGUGGAGAGAGGGCUAUAGGGUAUAUGGGACAAUGAGACAGGAACAAAAUUAGCAGUGAAUCAAUAAGAAAUAUUCAAACACCCGAGUAAUUGGGUGUAAACCAAUUCCAUACGAAAUAAAGUUUCAGUAAGGAUGUUUUGAUUGUGAACUAAAAUAUCUUUGCAGUGAAUUUUAACUAUAAUCCAUUUGUACUAGAAAUCAGAAUAUUGGUGCUAGGAUUUCACAAGUGUAUAUCUGUUAAUGGAUAUCAAUUUACACACAUACAUUUAUUGGUGGAUAUAUAUGAAGAACAUGUUGCACUUGGAAUCCUAUGUCCUUUAAAAGGUAUUUUUGUGGCAUGUUUUUUAAAAAAAACAAAAACACUUUGCUUUAAUAAAGAUAUUUAUCUUUUUAGUUUUCUUAACAUGUCAAAAUAAAUAAGAAAUAUUUGUCUGAUGACAUUUUCUCUGUUCAGGUACUUCCUAUGUUUGCAGCUUCGUCAGGAUAUUGCUUCUGGCCGCCUACCAUGUUCUUUUGUGACCCAUGCUCUCCUUGGUUCAUAUACUCUACAAGCAGAACUAGGUGACUAUGAUCCAGAGGAACACAACAGUGAUUACAUAGGGGAAUUUCAGUUUGCACCUAACCAGACAAAAGAAAUGGAAGAGAAAGUAGUAGAGUUGCACAAAACACACAGGUGGGUCAUUUCUGAACCUUUGAGUUCUGUUCCCUUUCCUAGUAGUGGGUAGAACUGGAUUUCAUGCAGAAUCCUAAUACCUAGAAUGCCUUUGUAUUUCUUUAUAACCUUAAUUUGGAAUAUCACAAGCAAGCUCAAGCUUAAGAGUUUUUUGUUCUUAAAGAUUUGGAAAAUCAGCCAAAGGUGUGUCCAUUGACUUAGCCAGUAAAAACAGUAACAAACUUCUGAUGGAAAAAAUUAGAUUGAAAUUACAUUUGUAAAUUGAAACCACAGUUGAUGAUCAUCUGUCCUCAUCAUGAACUUUUGCAGUUAUGACUACAGCGCUUCAUAUCUGAGCUACUUUUGUUUUUCUUUUUCACUUGUUCUGGAGUUAAUAUCCAAGUAUAUUUGAAUAGUAUGGUAACAUUUUUCGAACCAAUAAAUCCUCAAUAUUCCCCAGUGAUUGUGUACAAGAAUGAUGUAAUGGGGAGAGGUAGAUUGUUUUCAGUGUAGGCUUAAUCAUCUAGAGAAAAACAUCAUCAGAUUUUUUUCACUCAUAAAUUACUUUUAUUAUUUUUCCAAUCCAGCAAAAAAUGUUUUGUGAGAUUAUAUAAUGCUAGAGCUGCGCCAUUCAGGUGAGCGGCCCUAUUCAUGAGCAGGCAACUUCUGUAGUUAUCUCUCCAUUUUAUUACUGCUAGUAUGUGGUAUAAUACUGUUGUGACAGGGGAUAACUUCUUUAUCCUCUCCCACCACUGCACUCAGUGGCAACAGCAUAAGCUUACUCUUGUCAUCCAUAUUUUAAGGUUGCGUUGUUGAACACCGGGCAUCAUCCAGCCAAAACCAAGCAAUUUAAGUUCUGACUAGUGGUGGGUAGCAUACGCUUCACUUGUCAUUGAAAUUAGUAGGACUAAAGCAAGUAAUUUUAACUUGACUGUGCCCCCAGCAAAGUGUGUGUUUUGCUGAAAUCAUUGGGUACUUCAUGUAGUUAGCUUUGUGAGAAACUGAACAUUUUGUAUCACAUGAGGGAAGAGGAACGUUUCACAGAAGGAAUCUACAAAAUAUAAUUAGUCAGACUUAUACAUUUUGCAAGUAAUUGGAACCUUGUGUAUAUGUUUUAAAAAGACUUCCCCGCUCUGUGAUUUACUUGCAUUCAAGUUGUUUUGCUCCUCUUCCCACCCACAAACCCAUGGUGAUUGCAACAUAAACAGAUACAUUUCAAUAUGAUCCAUAAUCUCAGCAAGGAAACUUAAAUCUGUCCAGUUCGCCAUUUGCACUGCUAGAUAGAGAAAGCCAUGAUUGGGCAAAGUGUUACUGUUUUAGGCAACAGUGAACUACUGUGUAACAGUUGUAGCCAAAAUUAUUAUACUGUCCUAUGCCCGUCGUGGCAUCUCAGGGUGGUUCACAACAUUAAAAUUGCAGUAUAAAAAAUAUCAGAUAUUAGAUGUGUUCCAGCCUUAGCACUUGUGGGUAAUAUACCUUUGUUAUAGAAGAAGGAGAGUAGCAGCUAAUUUGUGACAGUUGGGGCAAGAGUUUCCUACUGUCGGCUUAACAUUUAAGAAUGUCACAAGCAAAUGCUUAUGACCUAGAUUUCUUGGUGACAGAGGCAACGAUAUCACUGCAAUAGCAACAAGUUUAGAUCAAAUUUCCCGAUACUCUGUUCUUCAAAGAAUUUCUUAUUUGUUUUCUUCUUUAUUGUGUAAUGCUCCUGCAAGCAGUUGAGAUACGCAUGUGUGCAGAAGUUGCCCCUUUUGUUCUGUAAGGUUCAUGUUGAAAGGAGGCUUGUCAAAUCUUUCAAUAAGGUUCAUUCUAAGCCAAGUUUUUUAAAAAAAAUCUCUUCCCACAUUUAGGGGGUUCCCUGAUAAAGAGGGUGAAUGUUCCAUUAGUAGAAGGUGGGGUCUGUGAAGGGCUCUGCUGAAGUGUGGGCAGGAGUGUUGUGGGGUGAAUAGUGGUCGGGCUUGAAGUAUAUGUUGAAGGAACUGCAUUGACCAAGACCAGCCUUUCCCAACCUUGGGUCCCAUAUAUUAUUGAACAACAAUUCCCAUCAUCUCUGACUACUAGCUAUGCUGGAUAGGAAUGGUGGGAGUUGUUGUCUAGGGAUUCAAGAUUGAGAAAUGCUGGUCUAAAUUAUGUUGGCCCCAACCACUCCACCAGUACCUUUCAGGUAGUUCAACAGCAGCUAGUAAAUUUUAGAGAUGGUUUUGGUCAAAGAAUAUGGAGCUGCUGUCACAUACCGAUGGGAGGGGGAAACCCAAAGAUUCCCAAAUGCCCCCACCCAUUCUCGCCAGAACAGGACACCUGUGUUAAGAAAAUCCCUGGUUUCCCCCCCACUAAAAAUGGUUCUAAAAGCAAUCUCCAACAUAGCAAAUCGCUUUUUCUAUAACAUGUUGCACCUUUGCAGCCUUUUCCAUAGGAGAUAGAUGCCAGGUGAGGAUAACUCCCUGAUUACUUACCCAAACAUGAGAGAGUACUGUUUGAAGAUUCAGGUUCUGUUGCUUCUUUAACUUACUUGGAGACUUGGCAGACUUGCUAAGACCUUGGCUUGCAUAGUUUGAGCUUCUGCCAUUAAUUUUUUAACCAAAAUGUUUAUCAGAGACUUGGUGCGGUGUUGGUGUUUAAAUAAUAUCUGCCAUGCCAUUUAACUAGUAUCCUGUCAUUUAGUUUCAGUGCUUUUCUAUAGAUGCGAGGGUCAGUGACUGCUAGGAUUGAAUGUGUAGCUGAAACAAGGUGCUGUUGAGGGCCAGAUGCUUGGGAUAAAUGGAAUAAUCAACCAAAUUAAACCCUCAAAAGGCUACUGCUAGAAACAGGCUGUUGUAGGGACAUGGAUCUGAUGCAGGAAGGCUUAUGUUGUUCUUGAUACUCAUUUUUGCCAUGAAUUUUCUUCUGUCAAUCAUUCCAGAGGCUUGACUCCAGCACAGGCAGAUUCCCAAUUCUUAGAAAACGCCAAGAGACUUUCCAUGUACGGAGUGGAUUUACAUCAUGCUAAGGUAUUGGCCAGCAUUUCUAUAGAUGACAUUUCAUUUGGAACAGAGGGGUGUGGAACCUUAUCCACAAGGGAAUGUGGCAUUCAGGCUGAAUAACUUUCUGAGGCCACAUGCCAUCAGUUGGUGGGACCAAAGCCAAAAUUGUGCAGGGCCAAAGCAGCAUACACAUUCCAUUUAUACCCAGCUAUCCACACGUACUCCACCUAUUCACACCCUUUCAUACAUCUACAUACAAGCAUGUACCAUCUUCAAUCAUUCAUUUUCUUUAUGUUGCACAUGCCUCACACAAAAUCAUUUGCAUUGAACCAAUCGCAUUGCAUUUUAAAAAUAAGCUUUUCCCUUUUCUUUUUUUCUUUUUAAAAAAAUCCUCUUAAGUAAACAGAUGCUCCAUACAGACUUUUCCCCAGCUUGUAUUUUAGAAAAUAGGGCUUAAACUCCUGACAGUUUAUAUCUCUCUUUACUUUUUCUAUCCCCAUCUCAAUCACUCUCCUCCCCCCCCCCCCCGGUCUCUAUACAUCCUCUCUUCUUUUCUGCCAUGCAUGUGCACAUACCUCUGCAACAUGCUGUAGUUUUCAGACUGCAGUUUUACUUUUGCCUCCUUCUUUCUCCUGGUCAUUUCUGUGUUGUCUGCAUACAAACCUAAUUCUCUACAUCUCCUCUCUUCCCUUCUGUGAAUCAUACAGUGCCCAGAAUAAUGCACUUGAGAUGAAGCCAGAACCAGAACUGAUUCUAGAAUGUGUUAAAGGCAGGCUAAGCCACUGGAGGGAAAACUUGACACUCAAGAAUUAAACAUACAUAGGGUUGUGCUACAACUCAAUGCCUUAAUGGGAUUUCUGUUGAACUAUUAAGGUUUCUGUUCUCUUUUGCAUUUAAUACUGAUCGUAUCCAUCUAGCCUCUGUUUGUUUUAGAGUUUUACAACCUUUUUGAGUCCACGGCUCCCUUGAGCAACAACAUUUUUUCUGCGGCACCCCUGUGGGGCUUAGGGGCCCAAUUAUGUCACCCCUUGCCUGCAGAACUGGCAGCCGUUUAUCACUUUUCGAACACCCUCCCUUUUGUAGUGUUCCCUCAGCCUCUUCUCCCCUCUCUUUGGGAGUCCUCUAGGCAGCCACUGCUGCUACCCCUGGUCUUUGAGCUGCCCCCCCCACCCCAAAGAAAGAUGCCUUCUCACACUGCCCUACAGGGGCCUGGAAGCACCCCCUGGCCAGCCCCAGAGGCACCAUUUGCCUGAGAAGCUUGUAGCCAGGGCUGCUGCAGCAAACAGCUAUGCAAGCCUUGGGGAGGCAGAGACACGAGAGGGCAUCAGAGGAGGGAGGGAAGGAAAGAGGGACAGAGGCCAGUAUUGCUCACAGCACCCCUGAUCAUCAUUCAAAGCACCCCAUGGUGCCAUGGCAUACUGGUUGAAAACCACUGAUUUAUUCUUUAGAAAGUUUAGAUUUUUCUAUCGCUGUUUUUUUCUUAGCUUCAAUCUCUCAUCACUUCCUGCUGACUCUUUAAAAGGUUACAUUUUGUCUUUGCUACUCCAUUAGUCUUAAGGGAUCUGUCAAAGAUCACUGCCCUGUGAUCUUUGGAUUAAAGGCAGUAUUUAAAUAUAAUAAUAAUAAUAAUAAUAAUAGUUUUGAUAAACCUGCUGUUAUUACUCUCUUGUAUCCAGCCUCUCAUAAAAUCUUGUUAUUUAUCUCUAUAUUUCCAGAAUAAGUUAUUUUUCAGCUCAUAACCACAAAAUGUAUUAGUUCAAUAUUAUAUUUUUUCUGGUUUUUAAACUUCUAUUUCUUAAGCCUUUAUUUAAGACUUUUUUCUGCCUACGAUACAGUGCUCCUUGAUUUUCCAAGUGUUAUUUGGAUGAGCUUAGCAUACCUUCCUGCUCUUUUGUCUUCUUCUUUCCAUAUUCCUUUAAUAUUCCAAUAGAAAUUACUUUUACAAUUGUCUUGAUAGGAUUCUGAAGGCGUUGACAUCAUGCUAGGGGUAUGUGCCAAUGGGCUUCUCAUUUAUAAGGACAGGCUCCGAAUCAAUCGUUUUGCCUGGCCCAAAAUACUGAAGAUUUCUUACAAACGCAGUAACUUCUAUAUUAAAGUCCGACCAACUGAGGUAAGCAUUUGACUGGCAUAAUUUGCCACUCUGUUGUUCUAACUUUCAGCUCAGAAGUUCUUUGAAAAUAGGUCCAAUCUUACAGCGAUUUGCAUUUUGAAUAAUGUAGGAAUAUGUCCAUUUGGUAUAGUUUUUUAGCAAAUACAGUUUCAUCCCUGGUAGCAUAGAUAAUUAAGGUUUCAGUAUGUCUGCAGCGUGCUUUCUGAUGAUUGGACACACUCCUGCCCUGUAAAUUUCCUUACUGUAGUGGAAGGUUGCCAUGUUCUCACAUCUGCCAUUAUUCAGCUCUUAGUUUAUGUGAUUUGGUCUCACUGGAGUGGUUUGAAUUAUAUUUAGGGAAGCUCAUGAUGUGGUUUAAGAACACUCUACCAUUUGAGUAGGUUUUUCCCAUAACAUGCAGUUCAGCUUCUGAGAGUUAACUGCUACUGAUUUCAAAAACAAAUGUCAGUUCCGUUUGGAACUAACAUUGAGAAAUGUGGAAACAUUUAGUUUUAAAAAUAGCAUGGUAGUUUCGAGCCUGCUUGAACUAUGUACAAAGCUGAGAAACUCUGGACAAUACUUGAAGGAAAUUACAAUCCUACUAUCUAGUCUGAUAUUUAACUAGUCUUGCUUUUCAUUCAUUUACUCUGGUUUUUAAUUAAAUCUUUGUGCUAGUGCCAUGGAUUUCAUUAAUUCCUAUGUAAGCAGCAUUUUAUAUUGCAAGUAAAACAAUUUGCAUGUUUUUGAUGGAAAUUUACUAUAAUAGACCAUGAUACUAGCAUGUUAUAUAUGCACGGAGACAUAGCCAAAGCACACAUGCAACAAUUUCUGCUGUCACAGCAAGCAAGCUUUAGUUUAGAAAGAGCUUGCCUUUUUUUGGAUCUUGGAAAAAUAUGGCUACUACCUAUAGAGCUGCUUGUGAAUGUAUUCAUUCUCUCUUUGGGGGAAAAGUGUAGUUAUUACUGUAUGCAAUUCAAGCAGUGCUGUUAUGUUAGAAAUAUGAAAACUCCGGAGUAUUUCUAAUCUUGAGAAGGGAGAUAUGCUGUAGUUGAAAUAACUGCACUCUUAAAUUGUAAGACUAGACAACAGUGAUUUCUAGAAUUUGUACUAAUUUUGGUGUUUGUAAUCUUUAUAGUUGGAACAGUUCGAGAGUACUAUUGGGUUUAAGCUGCCGAACCAUCGGGCUGCGAAGAAAUUAUGGAAGGUUUGUGUGGAGCAUCAUACAUUUUAUAGGUAAUUUUAAAAAUUUUCCUUAGUUAUGGGAUUACCAUAUCCUCUGGGGAGAAUAGCAGCUUUGAGAGGGCAGUUUUGAUUGAAAAUGGCCUGUGGGUUGAGGACACCCUUCCCCUGCCACUGUUUCAAUGAAAUUUGCAAUCUGUUAAAAGCAAACAAACUUUAGGAAGUCCCACAUUCUGUUUUAUUUUGCCUUGGUAAUAUCCUGCAUCCUAAUACAUGAACCAUCAAAUUUCUAACUAUAUUUGCUGAGUAAAACCAACUCUGCAAAUUUUCCACUAUUACUAAAAAACACAACAACUUUUAGACUUCCGGAGGCGGCGCCAACAAGCAAUGGCGAUCUCCUCCUAAUCUCGGAGGAGAGGCUCCGCGAAAAUCGGGUCGAUCCGCUACGGCGCAGCGGAGACCCUUUCGAAACCCGCAGGCGGAGGAAGCCUGCGGUCGUGGGACUCGGCGGGUGCCUGGAGCGCGCCCCUAAACGGCAAAGGAACCCCGCGAGGGGCUCCGAAGCAGGACGGGGGGUGGCGCGGCACUGUGAGUCUUCUGCUACUUUCGCGGAGUGAAGCCGUGCGGCUGUUGCUGGAGAGCGCUGACCUUUCUUCCUUGACAAUUUGGCUGUCAAAACUACAACCCGUGAGUAGGUUUGACGUUAUAGAAGGACCAACUAAAAUUUUUGAAUAAAUUUGGCUGAAGCGGGAAGGUGUAAAAAGGAAGUCCACCUCCCGGUUUGUAUAAAGGAUUAAAGCAAAGACUGUGUGAGUUCGAUACCAAAGACUGUCAAAAGAGACUGAAACACAGACGUCAAAUUUAAAAAUUUUCCCUCCCAUAAUUGGAGAAGGGGGGGAAGAAGAGACAGUAUUUCUUGUCAUUUUUGUGUAAAAUAAAGAGUAAUAAGGAAACGAAGACCACCUCUCAAUCCCUGGGGACAGACUGCCAGGUUUGGAAAGAUUGGAUAUUUUGUUAGCACUCUAAAUGGACAAUGUAUCUUCUUGCCUAUUAACUUCACAAAAUUGAAACUUUGGGGAAAAAAGUUGCCUCUUUGGCUGAAGGGGUUCUUAAAAAGUUUUUAAGAGUUUUUAUUCUUGAUACUUUAUUACUUGUGUCCCCUGGAGGCCAAAGGGGAAAAAGUCUCUAACUGAUCGAGGAAUUUUCCACUCAACAGCAGCCUGGGAAAGCUUAACAGCAAAACAACUCCAACUGUGAGAGUGACCUUGAUUUCUAGAUAAAGUGCCAUGGAUGAAAGAACCUUGAGGUCCGGGAAAGGCAGGCAACAGAGCAACAUUGCUCAACAGCAACAGCGCAGGCCAUCCAUCGCUGGGCCACAAGGAGAUGAUCCAAUGCAAACAAGGGGGAAGAAGGACUUGCCAGUUUAUUUAAAAUUGUUAAUGAAGGUUUUGAAAAAUUGGGUCAACAGAAUGCCGAGGCACUAGAAGCUAUUAGACAAAACUCUGCAAGUAUUGAUAAGCUGACUCGACAGACUAAUGAAAAUACAGAUGUGAUCAAAAAAUUACUGGAACAAUCUGCUGAAACCCAAAAAACAGCUUUGGAAGCUAGAGAAAAGGCGGUAGCUGCUGAAGAAAAAUUACCACUUUUAAUUAAACAAGUUGAAGAGCAUCACAUAAGAUUGGGAACGCACCAGGAAUUGUUAUCUGUCAUUGAGCUAAAGGAGAAACAGACCAACUUAAGGAUCAGAGCAGUACCUGAGCUUGAGAAAGAGAGCCUGGUAGACUUUUUGACACAAGAAUUUGCCAAUUUUUGGCAAUUGAACGAUAAGGAAGAUUUCAAGAUAACGUCUGCUUUCAGGCUUGGAAGAGGAGCAAGAAAGAACAGAGUGAGAGACUGCCUGAUUACCUUGCGAUCUAAGGAGGAACGAGAUAAAAUCUUGAGUUCACACUACCGAAAUACAUUGAUAAUACAAGACUCAAGGAUAGAAAUAUUUAAAGACAUUCCAAAGUUCCUUUUGGAGCUUAGGUCCAACUACCGGGACCUGGUGACGCUGCUGAGAGGAAACAGAAUUUUUUUCAGGUGGGAAUUUCCUCAAGGCCUAUCUUUCAGUUUUAAAGGCAAGAAAAUUAAAAUAAAAUCUGUGGAGGAGAAACAGAACUUUUUGAGAGACCAUCAAGAGGACCUACAAAAAGGAUUGGGGGAGGAGCCAGAAGCCUCUUUACCAGGAUUGGAUCCUACAUUACCACCUUCGGGAGAGGACAAGACAGAGAAGGUGAAACCACCAACAGAGGAAGAAGAGUUAUUGGGAGCAGUUGGAGGAAAAUAAAGAAAUCAUCAUGGCUCUGCAACUUUUAACUUGGAAUGUUUGUGGCCUAAAUUCUCCGGAAAAAGGAGGAAAGUAUUUCAUAUACUUAAAAAGAACAAUUGGAUUUAAUUUGCUUACAGGAAACUCAUGUGAUGAGGCUCCACAGGAAAAUAUUGAUUAAUAAGAGAUUGGGCCAAGAAUUUAUUUCAUCAGAUAAAGUUAAAACGAGGAGUGGUCAUUUACGCAAAGGAGAGCCUCUCACCAAAAUUCGUCUUUAAGGAUGAACAAGGAAGAUUCAUAGCAAUUGAAAUUCAAGUACAAGGAGAAAAAUUUUUGAUAGUAGGCUUAUAUGCACCAAAUGAGGGGAAAUCUAUAUUUUACAAAAAGUUGCAUGAGAUCUUGAUGGACUAUAUGGACUAUAACACUGUUUUUAUGGGAGAUAUGAAUGGGGUGGUUUCCACAAAUAUGGACAAGUCACAAAGAGAGGUAGUCACUAAAGAUGGCAGACUACCGAAAACAUUCUUUGAAUUAACUGACAAUAUGGAUCUGAUUGACAUUUGGAGAACUAGGAAUCCCCUUGGUAGAGAAGGAACCUUUUUUUCUGAAGCCCAAAAGACAUGGACAAGAAUUGACCAAAUCUGGACUACUAGAGGACUGGCACCUAAGGUUAGGAAGGUAGAGAUCUGCCCAAAAACAUGCUCCGACCAUAACGCCGUGAGAAUGGAGAUGAAGUUAACAUCUACUGGUUCCUUCCGAUGGAGGAUGAAUGACACCUUGUUUAGAGAUCAAGAGGUGAUUAAGAAGGCCCAAAAGACUUUGAGAGACUACUUUGAGAUAAAUUUGAAUACAGCUGUAGAAAAAGAAUAAUCUGGGACGCAAGUAAAGCAGUUAUGAGGGGCUUCCUGAUUCAACAGAAUUCAGUUAAGAAGAGGGCCCAAAAUGUAAAGAAAGAAAAUUUUUUGGAAAAAAUAAAGGAGGGCGAGAAGAAACUGAGAGUGAAGCCCAACUCACAAGAGAUUCUGAGGGAAAUAAAAUUGCACCAAGUGCAGUAUAUGAAAUUGAUAAAUCAAGAAGUGGAAUGGAAAAUUAAACAAAUGAGACAAAAGACUUUUGAAUCGGCAAAUAAAUGUGGGAAACUGCUGGCUUGGCAGUUGAAGAAACGACAAAAACUCAAUACUAUUACUAAUUUGGAAGUGGAAGGGAAAAAUAUCCAGAAUCCAGAAGAAAUUAGGAAAUGCUUCCAGAGAUAUUUUAAACAAUUAUACACACAAGGGCCUCAGAAAGAAUUUGAAAUAGAGCAAUUUCUGAAAACCAAUGGAUUACAAAAAUUUCUCAGGAUAACAAGAUAUUGCUGAAUUAUAAAAUUACAGAACAGGAGGUUGAAGGUGCCAUUCAGAAUAUGCAGCUGGGAAAAUCUCCAGGACCGGACGGUUUAACCUCAAAAUAUUACAGAACCCUGAAAGACUGGUUAAUUCGACCAUUAACUGAGGUUUGCAAUGAAAUUUUAGAGGGGAAAAGAGCGCCAGAGUCGUGGAAGGACGCAUUUAUUACACUUAUACCAAAGUCUGAGACUGAAAAGACACAGCUUAAGAACUAUCGGCCCAUAUCCCUGUUAAAUGUGGAUUACAAAAUUUUUGCUGACAUUUUAGCAAAAAGGCUUAAAAAGUGCUAAAAGGAGUGAUUCACAAGGACCAAGCUGGCUUUCUUCCAGAUAGACAUCUUUCGGAUAACACAAGGAAUAUAAUUGAUAUUCUGGAGAAGCUGCAAGAGGAGAUUAACACUAAAGCAGUUCUGAUUUUUGUGGAUGCAGAGAAAGCCUUUGAUAAUAUUUCCUGGAGUUUUAUGAAGAAAAAUCUCCAGGGGAUGGGGGUAGGCCAAGAGUUUGAAAAUGGUAUAAAUGCAAUUUAUUCAGAACAAAAAGCUAAAUUAAUAGUUAAUAAUGUGAUAACAGAGGAAAUUAAGAUAGAGAAAGGGACACGACAAGGCUGCCCAAUUUCCCAUUACUUUUUAUUUCUGUUCUGGAGGUUCUGUUAAAUAUGAUAAGAAGGGACCAUUUGAUUAAGGGUAUAACGGUCGGAGCGAAACAAUACAAACUGAAAGCAUUUGCGGAUGACCUUGUAUUGACAUUACAGGAGCCAGAAUCUAGUACGAAAAGAGCAUUAGAACUGAUUCAAGAGUUUGGUCAGGUGGCAGGUUUUAAGCUGAAUAAGUUUAAAACUAAAGUACUUGAGAAGAAUUUAACACCGAUUGAAAAAGAGAGGUUUCAGAAUGAGACAGGUUUAACAGUGGUAAAAAAAGUGAAAUACUUGGGGAUUCAUAUGACAGCUAAAAAUGGGAAUUUAUUUAAAGACAAUUAUGAAAAGUGUUGGUCGGACAUUAAAAAGGAUUUAGAAAUAUGGACAAAUUUGAAGCUUUCCUUGUUAGGUCGAAUUGCUGUCAUCAAGAUGAAUGUAUUGCCAAGAAUGCUGUUUUUGUUUCAAUCGAUACAAAUAAUAGACAAAAUGGAUUGUUUUAAGAAGUGGCAGAGAGAUAUCUCUAAGUUUGUCUGGCAGGGCAAGAGGCCCAGGAUAAAAUUUAAAAUAUUGACUGAUGCUAAAGAAAGAGGGGAUUUGCCCUGCCAGACUUUAAACUUUAUUAUGAAUCAGCAGCUUUCUGCUGGUUGAAGGAUUGGUUACUUCUGGAAAAUACUGAUGUUUUGGACUUAGAAGGUUUCAAUAAUGUGUUUGGGUGGCAUGCAUAUUUGUGGUAUGACAAGGUUAAAGCUCACAAAAUAUUUAAAAACCAUAUUGUCAGGAAAGCAUUGUUCAAUGUCUGGAUAAGAUAUAAAGACUUAUUGGAGAAUAAAACCCCAAGGUGGCUAUCACCAAUGGAGGCAAAGGCUCUGAAAAAGUCCAAUAUGGAGGCCAAGUGGCCAAAAUAUUGGGAGAUCUUGGAACAAGAAGGAGAUAAAUUCAAAUUGCAGAGUUUUGAAAAACUAAAAGAUAGAGUGCGAGACUGGUUGCAUUAUUACCAAAUAAGAGAGGUCUAUAAUUUGGAUAGAAAAAUUGGCUUCCAGGUGGAAAAAUCAAAGUUGGAAAUAGAACUGCUAGAUCCCAAAACUAAAACACUUUCAAGAAUGUAUAACUUGCUGCUAAAAUGGAAUACUCAGGAUGAAACGGUAAAAUCUGCUAUGAUUAAAUGGGCACAGGAUGUUGGACAUAACAUUAUGUUUGCUGACUGGGAACGGUUAUGGACCACAGGUACGAAGUUUACAGCAUGUAAUGCUUUAAAAGAGAAUAUAAUGAAAAUGGUGUACAGGUGGUACAUGACCCCAGUCAAGCUUGCAAAAAUCUACCAUCUGCCCGAUAAUAAAUGUUGGAAAUGUAAUGAAACUGAAGGUACAUUCUUUCACCUUUGGUGGACGUGCCCAAAGAUUAAGGCCUUCUGGGAAAUGAUAUAUAAUGAGUUGAAAAAGGUAUUUAAGUAUACCUUCUUAAAGAAACCAGAGGCCUUCCUCCUGGGCAUUGUUGGCCAAUUGGUGCCAAAGAAAGAUAGAACUUUCUUUAUGUAUGCAACAGCAGCAGCAAGGAUACUUAUCGCAAAGUAUUGGAAGACACAAGACUUACCCACUCUGGAAGAAUGGCAGAUGAAGGUAAUGGAUUAUAUGGAAUUGGCGGAAAUGACUGGCAGAAUCCGUGACCAGGGAGAAGAGUCGGUGGAAGAAGAUUGGAAGAAAUUUAAAGACUAUCUACAGAAAUACUAUAAAAUUAAUGAAUGUUAAAUUGAGGUCUGAUUGAAAAUAACUGGUAUUGGCAAAAGCCUUGCGUUUAAGAGCAUGGAAUAUUUGAUUGAUAAGGUUGUAAAAAUAUCUAUUUAUAAAUAGAUUAAGUUUUUUUGAGUUAAGAUAAAGGAAGGAGGGUAAGGAUUUGCUGAAAGGAGUUUCUAAAUGGAAAUACAAGUGGGGAGGUGUGGGGAAGUCAAAGAACUAAGGAAAGAUAAGAAGGUUAAAUGAAAGUAUAAAUUUUUAAAUUUUUCUGUUUUAUUUUUUUAUUUUUUUAUUUUUUAUGGUUAUUGUUAUCUUUUGUUUUCCUUUUGUCACUGUUAUUGUUGUUUUUUGUCUUUGGAAUUUUUGUAUUUUUGUAUGUUUUGGAAUUUUUGUAAAACCAAUAAAUAUUAUAUUAAAAAAAAAACACAACAACUUUUAGAGUAUUUUUUUCUCACUUCUGAGAUUAUAUGAUGUUCUCUUUAAUCAUGAACCAUGUUACUGCUGUAGUAUUUUCAUAGAGCUCAAAUUGGCAAAUAUGAAACUACAGUAUUUCAGAUUGAUUGUAUGUACCCAUGACAUCUUUAUAUGUAGUUUGUACUCUUCACCUGCAAACAAGAAUAAUGGAUUUCCUCUGAGUGUGAUGCUUAAGGGGGGGGGGGGAAUUGGGAUGUUGGGAAAGAAGUCAUAAGAAAGUGUUUUGUGAACUAAAGGCAGGAUAUAAGUUUUAAAUAAAAAUGAUUCUGCAGCAGGAUCACCACUCAGAUUAUGGAUGUAUAUCAUAAUAAGAUGAAAGUACCUUCAUUAAUUAACAUAAAUAAUGCAUUUAAUGCAGGUCCAGGAAGUUGAGUGGACCAGGAGCAAUACCUAGAUGACAAAGGCCAUUUUGUACUUCUAAUGGCAAUUUGGUCAUUCAUUUGCUUGAUUUGCUUAUCUUCAUUUAAAAAGAGUCAUUAAAACAGCAAACUUUAACAUAAUUUAAAGCUCAUACAGUAGAAGCAAUAAAAGUAACAGUAUUAAAACUCAAACUGAAUAGAAAACACAUAGACCAAGUUUUUACCUGGUCCAUGAAGGAAAGCAACACAGUUGCCAACCCACAUCUUUGAAAAGUAUUCUAUAUUAAGAAUGUCACAGCAAGAAGCUCUGUCUCCAGUAGUCAUCCACUCAACCACCAACAGUCAGACUAUUGAGCUUAUGUUCUCCAUAGACUGCCAGGUUAAUACAGAUGAAAACCAUUCUUCAGAUGCCCUGAUCAGAAGCCAUUUAGGAUUUUCUAGGUUAAUGCCAGCAGUAUGAAUACUGUCCAGAAACAGACUGGAAGCCGGCGUAGUUUAAACAUGUAUAUGAUUCUGUUUUUGCAACAAGUCGGUAAUCUCACUGCAGUAUUUUGAACUGACGUAUCUGAUGCCUUUAACAGGCAGCCCCACAUGCAGCACAUUUUAGUAAUCUCAAUGAAUAUGCUCAGAAUAGGAAUUACUUGUUAUUCAGGAAGGGGUCCAGCUAGUGCAUCAACCAAAGUUGGUAAAAUGCUCUUUGGGUUUCCAAAGGCUAGAUUAAUGUUUUGGUCACGAAUCAAAAGCCUCCAACUACUGACUGUAGCAGAAGAGGCUCUGCAGGCAUUCAAGGUGGUGGUUCUCCUUUCAUCGCUGGCAGUGGGAAGCAUGAUUUUGUAUUCUUUCGAUGGAUUUUGCUGUAAUCCUAAACAGAUUUAUUCAGGAAUAUAUUUCCAUUUUACUUCUAAAUAAAUGAAUACAGUAUGAUCUGACUUUUAAAACAUUUUUUAAACAGGAAAAAAUAUUAUUUGCUGUCCGGUCAUCCUCUUUUUAGACCAUUUCAAGUUACAGAUUUAUUCUGUGACAUUUUCAUAGAAUACAAUUUAAUUGGAUUCUAUUCCAAUCAGAAAUAGCUGUUUGGGUAAGGAGGGAGAAUGUACUGCAUGUAUCAAAUCCUGUUCCUACUGAUGGUCACCAUGCAGAAAAUCCGCAGAUUUAAAUCAUCCUGAUUUAAAAAUAAUCUGGCUUCUGUGUGUUCCAAGAAAAAAGCUAUGCCAGCAAGACUUUGAAAGACUAUUCACAUAAACACGAGCAAUAUAACUGUUGCAGCAAGUGUAAUUCUAAGAGUUAAAUCUGUCUUUUUGGAAAGGUCGUAUUUAUUACCCACACCCGCCCCUUAGAUGACGUAUGGGGAUAGGGCAAAUACUGUUCUAUCACUGCUAUUCAUUUCACUGGAAAUACUGUGCAGGGGUUCCAUGCAGAUCCCUUUUGAAUAAAUGGACACUCGGUAGCAUCACCAUCAGGGGCUUAUCUUCCCAUUGCUUUUAGUUAGUCAUCUUCCCAUAGUCAUCUAGUUAAUGGCUUUGCCAGCUGACUCUAAGGAGUUGAUUGGCAAAAGAAUGCAGCAAUUUUAGCUGCCAUUGUUACCAUUGUAGGAGGAGAUUCAGACCAGAAGGUUCCCAUAGUGGAGUAGUUUAUUAGUAUUAGCAGUUGACUAACCUUCAUGGGGCCUGGGAAAUCUUGGAUGGAACUGUUUCAUGGAAUCUACAGAACCCUGUGGUUUUCCUCCUUUACCUGGAGAAAAUAGGCAUGGGGUCUAAUAGGGCAUGUUGAUGGGGAAAGCUGACAGAUGCUACCUUUUUCUGCUUAAGCCAGGCCUGUGGUUAGUACUUGUAUUUGGCUUCAGAUGUUGGAGCACAGAAUUUUGAGGUUAGUAUGUAUGCACCCAACUUUUUUGUUCUUGUUUUGGGGAAAGUGCUGGAUGCUUGUAUGCAUACACUAUUUUUAGGGUAAAUAGAGAUGAUUAAAUAUAUAUUACAUAUCCAUUUCCUUUUGCUUGCCAUCUGAAGACAGGGUGUCAAUAAUAACAUACCGUAUUUUUCGCCCCAUAGGACGCACUUUUUCCCCUCCAAAAAUGAAGGGGAAAUGUGUGUGCGUCCUAUGGGGCGAAUGCAGGCUUUCGCUGAAGCCUGGAGAACGAGAGGCAUCGGUGCGCACCGACCCCUCUCGCUCUCCAGGCUUCAGGAAGCUAUCCGCAAGCCUUGCAAGCCCGGCGGGAGUUCCCGCGGGCUCACAAGGCUUGCGGGCAGCAGCCUGCAGCCCUGGUGAGUGUCCGCAAGCCUUGCGCGCCUGGCAGGAGGUCCCGCCGAGCUCGCGAGGCUUGGGGCGGCAGCCUGCAGCCCGAAGCACGCGGAGCCCUCCGGAGGGCUCCCCGUGCUUCGGGCGAGUGUCUGCAAGCCUCGCGCGCCCGGUGGGAGGUCCCGCCGGGUGCGCGAGGCUUGGGGCGGCAGCCUGCAGCCCGAAGCACGGGGAGCCCUCCGGAGGGUGCCCCGUGCUUCGGGCAGGUGUGCGCAAGGCUUGGGGCGGCAGCCGCGGCGGGUGGGGGGAAUAAAUUUUUUUUAUUCAUCUCCCCCCCCCCAAAAAAACCGAGGUGCGUCCUAUGGGCCGGUGCACCCUAUAGGACGAAAAAUACGGUAGAUCUAAUGCAAAACUUGCAUUUCAGAUUUACAGAUAGCUUGUUAGGAAGAGAAGACUAGGUUCAAAUGUUCUUUCUUAUAUGUUAUCUCCCUUUGCAGGAAGUAGUGUGACUUGGGAAACAUGCAGUCUCUCAUUUGUAUUCUAAAACAGUACUGGUCUGUAAGGGUUGUACUAUAAGAUUUUUAUGCAAGUUUUUAAUUUACUUUUAUAUAGUGCUUCUUGGUGAUUGUUUUUAAUGUCUGAGAUACCUAAUAUUCUGUGUGAUUUGAAGAAUAUUUUGUACCCAUACUUUUCAGUUCUUUGUAUAACCAAGAUUGGUAAAUUAAAGCAUCCUUGAAAAUAUCCCAAAUAAGGAAGUAAUUAGGUUUUUCUCUUAUUAAGAGAUUAAAAGUUUAUCUCAGCAGGGUAGAGAAUUAAAAACAGAAAUUAUUGCUAUAGCAAGAGGAGAGCUAUGUCUGUAAAUGAAAAAUGAUUCACAUUUUUCCACUGUGCAUGUGGCAUGUAACCAUGCAGUACUAAAAGAAACAUUUUUUUAAAUGCUCUUCAACCCAUUUUUUUAAAAGAAAAGUGUUCUUAAUUAAUGUCUUCAACAGGAUCAAAAGUCAAAAAUCAUGGACAACUUUGGUCCUUUUUUUAUAUACUGGGAUUGGCUAUUCCCACUAGCCCUAUGUGGGCCUGCAAGAAGGUUAACCUCAGACGAGUGCAUGGCUGUAGCUACCACUUCUUGAAGGCCACCUCCAUGUUUUAACCCCAUGUUUAUUAGACAGGGGUGGAGGAACUCUGGCCUGCCAGGCAGUCCAGUUUGGCUCAUGAGCCCAUGUGUGAACACUGAGUAAAGGACUACUUUGCAUAUGCAAUGUAAGGUGCAAGGCUGCUUAUUUGGCCCUGCUCCCACAUUGCUCUAAGAGCAACAAUGCCUGAGCAGGUAUCUGACAUGCUUUUGGAAUAUGGAAUAUGGAUUUGAAAUACCUUUGAAUAUGGUGACUUGUUUCCUUUUUCUUUUGGGGGUUAUAGACUUGUAUCUCCAGAGCAGCCUGCCAAGGCCAAGUUCCUGACACUAGGUUCCAAGUUCCGCUACAGUGGGCGUACUCAAGCACAGACACGGCAGGCUAGCACUCUCAUAGACAGACCUGCUCCGUACUUUGAACGGACCUCAAGCAAACGUGUUUCCAGGAGUCUUGAUGGUGGUAAGAGUCUAACCAAAACUAGUAAACUCCUAAUAUGUGCCACACAUAGGUUCUUCAGAGAAAUUAAAACUGAAUAUUCAGAUAAACUUCUUAUUUGAACUUAGUGUAUAGUGCUUAGUAAAGCAUUUAGGGCGAGCACUUACAGAGGGUAUAAAACCAUUAUGUUUAUGUACCAGGAUGGAAUUUAAGAUAUUGAAACAUUUUUGUAUCGAAACACAUUCAUAGACCUGAGUUAUCAGAAUGUGUCUCAUUUUUACAACACCACAGCUGCUUUGUCUUAGAGCCCCUCCUCCUGGUGGAUACUAAAUAUUGUCAAUAUAGCAUUAACAUUAUGCGUGAUCUUUUGAUUUAUCUCCUCAUUCCUGAAUGUAUGAAAAUUGUUCAGUGAUAUUUGUUUGAUGUUAUCAUUUGCCAAUAUACCUUUAUAGCUGACCUUUAGCACCUCACAACUUUCUAUAACAAACAAACAAACAAACAAAUCACUUUCUUUAACAUUUAGUCACUAUAUUUAAAAAUGUUCCAAAGUUUUUUUCACCCAAACUGUUUACUGGCAUAUCACGUACCCAGUUUCUUUUUCUGUUGAUUUUCUGACUAAAAACAGAAUACACUGGAACCUUAAACAAUAGACAAUACUUGUCUCAUAAAGAGCAAGGUACUGUGGAAUAUUUCUCUCAAACAUAGCUGAAUUAACUAAACCUAUUUUUUUGUAGCUCCAGUGGGUAUUGCAGACCAGAGCCUGCUUAAGGACUUUUCUGCUACAGCUAUGGGGCCUGCUGGUGAUAGGAUCUUUGAAGCUUCCGGACAGUUCAAAUCAAAAGAUGGGGAAGGUAGAGAUGAGGAUGGAGGCAUAAGUAAAAUGCCACAAUUAGGAGAUGGAAAGGUAAGAUCGCUGAUGUUUUUCAGCUUUGUGGAAAUAAUUGAUUUUGGAAAUGUAUUAAAACCAACUGCUGCAUUAGUGGAGCUGCACUUCAGCUAAUAAUUUUGUGGCUGGGUUUUUUUGCACAGGAUGACCCACCUAUAUAGGGGCAGGUCUUAAGGCACCCAUAUAAACUGGUGAAAGCUGCUAAAGAGCAGUUUUUCUAGAAGGCAGUAACUCUUCCCUAGAUUAGUGUACCUGGCACCAAAAAGAGACGGACUGUGUUCAUCACCUCCUAGUUGUGGAAAGAGCAGGUAAAGUCCUGCAAUCUUGCCCAAGGGCAUCUUAUUUGGUAAUAAGCUGCUCUGGAGCAGAGCUAAUAUAUUUGCUUCAGAACUCCCUGCAACUAGCUCCAUUCAGUUGUGUGAAAGUGAAAUCAAUUUGCAUCUAUAAUUCAUUUUAUGAUUUAUUCAUACUUGUGCUACCUAUAGUUACAUUAUGCAACCACAGCCGCCAUCUUCUAUGAAUAACUCUGUGCAGAAGAAAACAUAAUUAAGUGUAACACACAUGUUUUAUACUAGCUUUUAUCAUUUGUGUGCUUGAAGCACAAUACUAGGAAAUUUAUUUUAUAAUGUGAGGUGAAUCAAUGUGAGAUAUGGACAUUUAAACUUUAUUUUAAUUUCCAUAUUGACAGGUUAUAAACAUACAUUAAUUUGAGCUUUUUCUGGCACACACAGCGUGGAAUCACCUUACUAAGAAUACUUUGAGAUUUGAUUCAAUCUUUUUUUUUUUAAGGUUGUAAUCCACUGAAUUAUCUGUGGAAUAUUUGUAUUUUGACGGUUACACUUUUAAAUUUAGCACUUUCAAAGGAAAACCUGUAGUUGGAAACAUUGUCCUCAUGCUGAUGUCUCUCCCCUGCCCACCUUCUGUAGAAGCUUUGAAUGUCUGUCUGCUUUCAUCUAUUGUGACUGCACUACUACAGUUCCAAACUACAGAAUUCUUCACAGCCUUACAAGGUGGCAAAAAUAAAAAUAAUUUUUUUUUGAGCUGAUAUAAUCCAGGUAUUUGGAUUAUAUGUUGUUGUAUUUGAAUACAAUUGGGGCUAAUGAAUGUUUGUGGCAUCCAUAUUGUAAUGGUAGUGCUGUCCCUACUUCUGAAUAAACGUUCUCACUAACAAGUUUCUUCCCUCCUCCCUCUUUUGUGCAUUCCUUCUGCCCCUCAAAUGUGCAUUUAUAUCAUGGUCUCUCAUCUGCAUCUGGGACUGGACUCUCCCCCUCCUCCAGUCAACAUACACGCAUCAGCUUUCACUUCCCAAUCAUUCUUAUUCAUUUUGUUCCCAAAACCUACCUGCUAUCCCUGAAAUGGAUAUAUUUUCAGACAUUUCAGAGGAUGAUUAUCUUGGUAAACCCAUGUAUACACCCCCAGAUACCAUAGUCUGCAGCCCUGUGAAAGAAACACCAGUUCAUGGUAUAAAUGAACAGAAGUUCCCAACUAAUCACUUGGAACUUGUGGAUAUUUUGGUGGCUGACCAUUGUCUCCCUCUUGCUAUAGAGAGAGCUGCUCAUAAAAAUACUGAUCAUGAAGAUUCUGUGUCUCAUUUUCCAGUUAGUGCAAGCAAACCUUUUCCUUUCAAUUUCCCUUCUCUGCUUGAUGAGAAUGGUUACAUUAGCUUUCCUAGCCUUCCAGAAGUUUGCAUCUCGUUCCUCCCACCUUAUAUUCAGCAUUAUAUUCCCAUUACUUCUCCCUCAUUCAUUCCCUCCUUCUUCCUCAUCUUUGUGCUGCUUUUCUGUACCAUCCACUCUAUUCCUUUCUCACUCACAUUGUCCCUUCCUGUUGCUCUGUCCCUCUGCUACCUGGAGCCUAAGGCAAUUUCUCUGACCACCUCUAAUGACACUGCUCUAAAAGACAAAGCUGAGGAAGAGGAGGUGUGUAACUUUGUUGUCUAAAUUGCCACUUGCCUGUAGAUUUGUUUGGGUGUACUAAGAGAGAAGUUCAACCUUCAUCCUUUCAGCAUGAGGCUGCAGACUCCCUAUUUUUUUUUUUUUUAAAGAAUUCCUUCUGCAGAUAUUUACGCAUCUAUCUUCAUAAAAUCUAGUGUUUUUAAAAAGCAUUCACAAUUUUUUCACUUCAUACGGUCCUUUUAAGGACCUUCUCAUACAUAUACUGCUUAUAUCCCAGUGGUAUUGAGAGACCAUAGUUAGGUGCUGUAUACAGCGGUACCUAGGUUCUUGAACUUAAUCUGUUCCGGGAGUGCAUUUGACUCCCGAAACCGUUCAAAAAUCCUGCACUCAAGCGGAAGCAGCAUCGGAUGUUCGGCUUCCAAAAAACGUUCGCAAACCAGAACAGUUAUUUCUGGGUUUGUGGCAUUUGGGAGCAGAUUUGUUCCGCAACUAAGCCAUUCGGGAACCAAGGUUCCAGUGUACUAUCUUUGCGAAGAGCUGUGUACAGUUUCACUGCAGCCAUUCUGAAAAAGGGAUACAGCGAUCUCACAACAGCCCUGUGUACAUCCCUCAUAUGGAGGUGCUGUUCCUUACAAAAUGUCUGUCAAAACCCACUGAGUCCACACAUUUCUGGAUAUGAUCAGAGGCAAUCUCAGGCUCCUUUCCCCCCAUGGCAAGGAGAAGUAUACCCCACCCCCGCUGUACCUUGUGCCCUUGUCAGAGGAGCCUGUGUGUUUGCUUGGCCGCCCAGAGCAGUGGAGGAAUGGCCCAGGGAGCAUGCAGAUGGGCAGGCAGAUUCUAAGCCUCAGCCUACAUGGUUGGCAUGGGCCAACAUUAACCCUUAGGUACACUCCUGGAUAGGUACGCUCACAUGGGAUCUGCCAAAAAUAUUAGCUAACUGUUAGACACAGUACUUUGCAGCACAGCUUAGCAUUUAUUGAGGGGAAGAAAAUGAUUUCUUAAUUGCCUUCCCAUAAUCCAUAUUCUUCUCCUACUUUUUAGUUCUUCUCUAGCACUGACAAGUACUUGAAAUUCCUUGUUCAAAGAUUGGAAGCAUUCAUUUCCAUUUUUUGGUAGCUACGAUUAAGUGGUGGUACAUCCCAACCAAGUUAGUAAACUAUAGUAGAAAAGAAGCAAAUGAACUUCAAACCAUGGUUUGCUGGCUUAUUUCCAUGAACUAGUAACCCAGAUGUAUACUAAAACUUAACAAAAUGUUUUAAGUGGUGCCUUUUCUACUCCAACCUACAUUCCAAUGAAGUGAAAUAUUCCACGGCCAAAAGUUCUGAUGUAAAAAAAUGUCUUUCCCUGGGUCAGUUUUUUUCUCUUUAAAUGAGAUUUAAAUUUUUUUCCAAUGUAUUAACAUAAGCUGGAACAAAAAAAGCAUUUUUUUGCCCCAAUGAUUAUUUUUUAAAAAUGAAACUUUGGGAGUACUUUUAUCUGCAUCACCGGAUCAGAUUUUAAUGGGAAGGGAGGAAAGUGCCCCAAUAUUUUAAGAUUUGUGGGUGAAAAAAGUACAUAGCUCAAUCAAUAAACUCUUUGUGGUACCUUUUCAGUGCAUGCAUGUACUGAAAGAAACCUGUAAAUGAUAUAGUUGGAAAAAAAUUAAGUGAUUGAAAUUUGGGGCCGUUGCUUACUAGUGUGUUCAGUUCUGCAUAAAUUCUGCAGUAGAAAAGUGCAUCAGGCAUGCAAUUUCGGCUCCAAGGUCUGAGUUAGGGUUAAUAAUAGUUUAGGGUUUGGGCAUAAUGAUAAAUUGUGGUUAAUUGAGAGAAUAGGAAGCCAAAGGCUUAUAUACGUUCAAUAAAAUCAUUGUUUCUCAUCACAUCUGAACUUGACCAUGUGUCAGUUCUGAAAUUCAGUUUAGCUUUUUGGGUAGUAGGUAGAGAGGGUGGAGAGAGAAGUUUUUUUGUUUUAGUUUUUAACGAGGGUGUUGAAUUUUAACCAGUACAAUUUUAACAUUGUCAGGUACAAAAUUAUCUUAAUCUACCUUAGUCUAGCAUACUCCUACUUGGCUAAAAUUGUCAGGAUUACUUUGAAUGCAAUUUAUAUAUGCAUGGAUUUUUAAAAAGCUAUACUUUAAUGUUAAUGUUGAUAAGUUAAACCUCUUGACUAUGUCCAUAUGCUUUGACUGGGUAACACUGUCUGCAUUCCAUAGGGCAGAUGCAAUUGCAGUAUUUUAAAAAAGCAUACUAUGAAGAUUUAAAGCAGAAAAUUGUAGCCUCUCAAGCAGGGAAAUCCUUGCGGUGAGCUAGCUGCCUGUGGUUGAUAAUACCAGAAUUGUAAAUAUAUAUCAGACAGAAAUGAUUGUACAGUUUCUGAAGAAAGUCAGACAGCAAGAUGGGAAACAUUUAUAGAAACCCCAAAAUAGCGUGCAUAACUGCACUGAGAACCUGGAGACCUGUUGCCAACCAGACACAGACAGGACUGGGCCAGUUAAACCAGUGGUCCACCUCUACAUAGGACAGCUAUAUACAGCUGUGUUCAGUGCGAUACUUGUAUCCCUAAUUUCAGUGUAAUCUAAUAGGCCAAUUUGUUUAUUAUGGUGACUAUUUGCUCAUUUAAUCGAUUAAACACUUUUGAUACUACAUUGCAGCAAGAAUUCCAAAAACCUCAGAUAAAGGUGGGACUGGGAUAAAUAUAUCCUGAUAAUGUAUUUGGUACACACUAUAUUUUCCCUUUCAUAUAGUUACUAGUAAGAGAUGUGUGUGAUAAAAGUAAAAUAGUUAUUAAAACAAUGAUCUUAAACCAAUAGAGGUUGGUUUAAUAUCUGGCAAUUCAUAUAUUGAUUCAUUUUUAUUUUGUGGGGACAUAAAUACUUUGAUUAAAAUUGUAUUUCAGAUGCCUCUUGCAAGUCACUCUUAGUUAGCUAACCUAUAACACCAAGCCAUAAUUCGAUACUACAUGAACAAAGCUUCUGCUCAUGUACUGCAUUUCCUCUUCUCAUCUUAUGCUUCCCUUGGGUUUGUUACUUCCUCUUUAGUGCAAACCAUAAUUUUCUGUUGCAUCCAGAGCACUAAACUGUGGUUUGUGCUUUCCCUCCAAACGAGAACUAGCAUUCAGCUACAAACUGUGGUUUAUAAUCCUGAUGGUUUGUAAGUAACAGCAAACUUUAGUUUGAACUAAAGAGCAAGUUAUUAAACUGGAGUGUGUGGGGAGGAGAAGGGAGUGCACAAGCAUUUGGCUCAUUCACAGAGCCCAAAACGAUGGUUUAAUGUUAUACCUGAAGUCUGCAAUAUAUAUUUUUAUGUGAUAUCCCGAAAAGCAUAAAACAAACCAUUCAAAUAAAGCUCGUGGUUUCAGCAUUUAACAAUACAAAUGUAAUUUCCCCUGUAUAGUUUUUAACAGUAAGAAUGUACUACAGAUAUAUUCUGUGUUGGUAUUGCAAUCGCUCUUCUUCAGUGUUCAGAAUUCAAGCUGAUCUCUUCACCUUCAGAUUUAAAAAAAUUAUUUCAAACUGUGGAGAAAAAUAAGCGAACACGAUGGUUGUAGAGAGACAGACAAAUCUUCCAUUUUCCAUUUCACCUAUACCAAAAAUUACUUCAGCCAUUUCUACAGUGUUGUAGGUGGAAGACUGCAGUGGUUUAAUAACUUGAGCAGCAUCCGAGGCAAAAACAAUAAAGGUUUGUAAAUAGAGCACAUUGUUUGUAGUAUUUCUAAACAAAAGACCAUGUGCUACUUCAGUGUCUACACUAAUGAGUGUUUUCUUUUGCUGACCUCUGGGUGGUUCCUCUACAUAGGCAGAGAUAGAAGAGGAGGAAAUUCGCAAGGAGGUGGAUAUUUUCAAUUACACCUGGUUGUUGCCUGCUAUUAUCAGUGCUUGAGGCUGCCGUUGAUUAUGUUUGCAUAGUGGCUACCCCUGUUUUAUUUUAAAAGCCCCGUUUAUUGAACUUUUAAACACUUUUUUGUUGUGUUGAUGAUCAUGGGUUGUUGUUUUUCCGUGUCUUCUUUUGUGUGUGCUUUAAUUUUACAGACCUUUUCCUUGAGAAUAGAUGGGGAAAAUAUUUAUGUCAGACAUAGCAAUUUAAUGUUGGAGGUUUGUAUAAUCUAAGGAGUACUUUUCUGUCCUCAUGGGCUGCCAGGCUGCAUGAGAUUGGAGGUCACUUGCAGGCUGUUCUAGGCACAGUGCAUGAAAUGCAUGGGGGUGUUCGACUUGGACAUGCAUGUUGAAAACCAAUCUUAGUCAUUGUAAGUGAAUGAAUUUAAGUAUGCAGCUGUUAAUACAUAUUGGAAUGGCAAGUAGAACUUAUAGCCCUGUUUAGAUGUUAAUAUUUGGAGGAAAUUGGUUUUUUAAAGACUUGCCAAAAUGGUUGAGGAUGCACCAUCUAGAAUUCAAAUGCAUGUUUCCUUUUCCAUUUCCUAUGCAUAACUGGAAAUGUGAGGCAAUGAAUGCUAUUAAAAAAAUGAUGCAGUAAAAUUAGAACCAGGAAGUUCUUUGUUCUCUUCCUGGAAUCCUAGAGAAUCUAAUUCUAUAGUAAAAUAAUACUUACACCGUGAAGUAAUUCGUGCUUUAUUUGUUGUGAUACCAGGAGGCACUAUAUUGCCUUUGGAAUGAAAUUAUGAAUGGUAGAUUCUUUUGGCAGCCAUAUUGAGUAAAUAUUGUUUAUCUAUUACAUCCAAAUAGUCAUUCAAAGUAACAAAACUCUGGAUCCAGAAGUGCAAGCUUUGUCAUCCAAAUUGGGCUAUUUGCACUGUUAGAUUUAGAUGAUGUCAAUUAUUUGUAUACAUGCAAAAACAUUACAUUAAAAUCUUCAGAUUUACAGUAACCUUACUAAUAUGUUAUGUUGCUUUUUGGCAGCUUCCGAUAACUAAAUACAUACUUUGUAUAAUUUUACUAAAACACUGUAAAGUGUACUGCAUAACGUUGCAUUGAACAAAUCCAAGAAAUGUGCCUGGUCUCAACCCAACAUUUUUUUUGAAAAUACUCUAUUGACUCAAACUGUGAUAAAUCUCUACCAAUUGGUUGGUUUUUUUUUGUUACUUAGAUUGUUACUAAAGGUACUAGUUGUACCCCUUGGAAGUUUUUGCUGCUUUUACACUUUCAAAGCUCAUAGUGCCAUACACAUGGAAGUCUGUAGGGCAAUAUUUUGGCUAAUUAAAUGCCAACACGAAAAACCUCCAGUUGUCCUCCUCCCCCAACAGACUAUGGAAAAAUGUCCUUCCUCCAUGCUGCCCUUGUCACUUAUCUCUCUCCCCCUGCCAGUGUUUCUUCUAUCCCAGAGCCUGCUUCCCAACCCAAUAUUCCAGACACACUUUUUCUUCCUUCCCUCUUCUUGAUAUGCAUGCUAUCUUAUUGCCCCUCUAGUACAAGGUUAUAUCUGAAAGCCAGCUUUCAGGAUGAUUGAAUUAUGUCAUUGGGCAUAAUGGCAUAUUAUUUUAUGGUGCCUUCAGAUGUGGUUUGAAAAUUAGUUGCAGCGUGGAUUCUAGCCCCAGCACACACACACACACACACACACACACACACAGAGAGAGAGAGAGAGAGAGAGAGAGAGAGAGACCCACACCCAUGUCUUAAGAAUGACAUACUGCUUCAAAGGAACUUCAGAGAAUUGUAGCUGGAGAAUUGGGAAGUGCAAGCUUUCACUAUGUUUGUUUAAAUAAAUUAUAAAGCAAGAUGCCUAAAUUAUUUCUGGUCACGCAGCAUUUCCUGUGUGUUGUACUGCUUUUCCCUACAGAGUGGGUAAGCUCAUGGUUGCUGUACUUUGCAACACAGAAACAGUUGAAGCCACAAUUCUUUACCUACCAUCUUCUCACGUGAGAGUCACUGGUGUCCAUGGUGGUGGGGAGCGGGCAAACUAUGCUCUCAAAGCUAAGUGUACAUUAAUAGAAUGCUUGAUCCCCAUCCUCUCACAGUAAAUAGUGUCAUGUACUUUUGUGGGCAAAAGAUGGCAUGUUUAUCCUGGAUAUUAUUGGGGUGAAGGCAAACCCUGCUUUUCAUCUAGAGACUGGGUGGCCUGGUCUUCACUUUUAGGGAGUGCGUCAUAAUUAUGGGUAUUUUGCCCUUAUAGUGACAAAAAUAAACAUUUGCUCUGUGACUAAGUGUUCUACAUCUCAGAAACUGCCUUGUAGCUCAAUUUGAUAAUACUGUAAAGAUUAAGAAAAGAAAAAGCACAUAAUAUCAUAGUAAGAAAAGAGAAUGCUUUAAAUAAGUAAAUUACUCAAUCUGGAUAUCCCAGGCACUUUUCAUGGUGUGUUUUUUUAAAAAAUGGUUUAUGUUUGUCACAUGUUGUCCUACCUUUUUUACAUUACACGUUGCUUAGGACCUGGAUAAGACCCAGGAUGAAUUACUGAAGCAUCAGGCUAGCAUUAGUGAACUCAAGCGCAAUUUUAUGGAAUCCACUCCUGAGCCACGCCCUAAUGAAUGGGAAAAGCGGCGUAUCACACCUCUGUCUCUACAGACACAAGGGGUAUGUCACUGAAGACCCUUGUCAGCAUGCAUAGCCACAAAAUUAAGGAAAUAGUUAAACUAUACAUUGUGUUUCAGUAUUAACAAGGAAGAUAUGGGGUGUUUCUUUGUUGCUAAUGUGAUAUUUGUUUGCUGCUAACACAUUAACAUUGUGUGCAUCUGUUGCUUUCUGUUUGCAAAAAUUUCAAAGUAACUACAUUACUUUUUUGGUUGAUAAAGCAAGAAUGAAGUACAGUGGUACCUCGCAAGACGAAUGCCUCUCAAGACGAAAAACUCGCAAGACGAAAGAGUUUUUCAUUUUUUGAGUUGCUUCGUGAGACGAAUUUCCCUAAGGGCUUGCUUCGCAAGACGGAAACGUCUUGCAAGUUUGUUUCCUUUUUCUUAAAACCGUUACAGUAAUACAGGGUGCAUUGCUUGAAGAAGUGCAGUUGCGACUUGACUUCGGGGAGCAACUCAUAGCACGCAGUGUGGUAGCCUUUUUUGAGGUUUUUGAAGAUUUUUUUGAAAAAAUUGAAACCGUGCUUCGCAAGACGAAAAAACUCGCAAGACGAAAAACUCGCAGAACAAAUUAAUUUCGUCUUGCGAGGCACCACUGUAGUUAUUAAUAAUAUAAUUUGAGAGUUUUAGAUAAAGAGUGUGGAAUGUCAGUUUACAGUGCAGCUCCAAGUAUAUUCACUCCAAGUCCCUAAGUCGUUUCAUUGCCUCACCAUUUACAGUAAUUUGGAGGCGGAAGUACUUCAACAGGAGGAAAAGGGGUAAGGGAAAAACAAUUCACAACCCUCCCUCCAAAAAAGGUACUACAGAAAAAGUUAUUCUUGAAUGCACUCCAAUUUAGUGGUGUUAUGCCUAAUGCAUUUUGAGUGAACCUCUGUCAGGCAACUAAAAAGCAGAUUCAGAAAAUUCAACUUGGCCAUUAUCAUAAAAUGUAUAAUGCUAAAAUGACAUUCAAAUGUAUUUAUAUAGUAUUGAGAAUGCUAAUAGGAUUUAAAUUCCAGUAUCAGUAAGCUCCAGUCUUCUAUUUAUAGUUUUCAAUGUGUGUGUCCUUUAAAAAAAGAAAACCAAAUGCCAUAGAUGUGCCAAUGUAUGGCAUGCUUUCAGGAAUGAAAUGCACUUUUUUGUUCAGCACUUUUGAAGUUUACCUCUUAGGUUGCUUUGUGAACCAUUUCCAUACAAACAACACAAAUUAAUUACGGAAAUCCAGAAUGAGCCAGUAGGCCAGGUAUUUACUUCAGAACAUUUAUUUGUGGUUUUUAUCUCUAUUGAGGCAGAUUCUGAAAUCAGUGUCUCCAGAGUAACUCACUGACAUGACUAGACUCCAUCAUAAAAUGCUUUUGCCUUAAAAAUAAAACAACUUUUGGGCUUUUCAGUAUUUAAUGACCCAACCAUAUGUGUGGUUUUUAAUCUCUGUUUAGCACAAAUAAUACCCAGUACAUAGACAUGGGUCCACUGAAGAGCUGAACCUGUAGCAUUUCCCAUCCUGUGUACUUGGGGAGAGAUAAUUCAGAGAGUACUCCAUGCAUGAUAGUGUAUACCAGAUGUCUGUGCAGAAAGCAUUGUUGAUUAUGCCAGUGACACAGGAAUUCUCUGCCUGUUUUUAUGCCAGUUGUCUUAGCAUAAAAAGCACUGCGUGGAUGUAUUUGUUUCUUUUAGCAUUCUGCCUGUCGUGUUCGCUGUUUACUGUGGCUGUUAUCUCUUCUGCAGUUUAUUAAAUUUGUAUUCUGCCUUUUCAUCAAAUGUGCUCAGCAUAGCCAACAUCAGUAAAAUAUAAAGUAAAAUACAAAAUGGAUUAGCUAGCGAAUGUGCCACACUCAAGCUAUUUGAAAAUGAAGACUCAACUAUAUUUCUCUGAAUGUAUAUUGACAUCAAUUAAAACUGUUCUGCAGAUCAGUAAUGUCAAAGAAUGGGAUCCUCCUAAAUAGAGCCUUCUCUUGUUCCAAAGGGUAUUUAGCUGUUGAUAAGGCUGUAUUCUUUUUUGUGUAUUAAGAAAUGAGGCUUUAAAUGAUGCUGCCUGAUAAGCAUAUCGAAUAUUAUAAGCUCAGGUGCCAGUUCAAGGUGUAUCUGCCAUAUACCCUAUGCAGUGGCAGAUUUGUGCUUUUUGAAUAGAGCUUGACUUUUCUCCAAAUUCAGCCUCAAAGAGGGAUGUGCUUCCUUUGGUGUUACCUUCAGUUAAGUUUUCAUACCACUGUUCCCUAGCACAGCAUAGGGAGCCAAUUUCAUAUUUCUUAAUGUGUUGCAUGUCUUUGUCCAAGGACAUCUUGUCAAUAAUAACUAGUUAAUAGAAUAAGAAAUACGCCACAGUUUUAAGUUUCCAAUAGUUGGUACUGUAUAAGCAAAAUACUUGUCAAGCUGAGCAAUAAAUUGAUAAUCCACUUCAAAUUAGUGAGAAUAACAGUAGUGUUAUUAUAGUUGCAGUGCCCUUGCCAAUUUAUAUAAUACCUGUGUACUAGAGAGUUUAAAUUUUAUCAGUGAAAUUAGUCAUUUCUUGAAAGGUUGUAUUAGUUCCUUCAGAUUCAGGACUAUGCUACAGGUUUAAGUAUGCAUCACUGUCUUGCUUUUUUCCUUCUUUUCCCCAUCAAUUUUUUGUACGCAUUCUGAACAUGUUAGAGCUAGCAGCCUAUUUAAGAAUAGUGCUAUGUUUUGACAUAAUAGUAGUACUAAUAAAUUGUUUCCUUAAGUUCUUCACUGUUGCAGGGGCAGAGUAGUAGGACACAAAUGAAACAUUUAGGCUGGGGAAAUAUUAGCCGCUAUCCAAGAGACUUGCACUAGUGGAAUGGAACUUUCCCAUUCUCACCCCUGCAGCCCCCCAUGUGUCCUCAGAAUCAGCUCUGGAGGGCAGAGGGACCCUAUAGAGAAGAUUUUGUGAGCAUGCGAGCGAAGGAAACAGAGGUGCCAUGGCACCAGCAGAACUUCACUAGCACUGCUUUAAAUACAAGCCAUUAUCAGUAACUAUUGUGAAUAUUACUCAGUGGAAGGUGCUGGAUUUUAACAGCCAAAAAAGAAAAUCAUGGUGCCUUGUGGGAUCAACUGUUACUGACUUUUGGACUGUAUGAAACUCUUCAUGUACAUAGAUUUGGGUGGGUGGGAGUUUUCUACAAAAGUAGCUUUAUAGGCAGCAAUUGAUACUGAAAAGUGGAGGGCACUUCUCCUCUUUUCAACAUUCCUGUGCGCCAAAUUGCACUUCAGCAUAAAUUUAUAUUAUAAAAUGAGUGUUUGCCUUCACAGCCAUGUGCUUUGACAAUCAACAAUUCCUCCAAGUAAGCUCACAAAAUCAUUUAGCCCACAUUUGGGUUAUAAUUUGGGUUUAUUGCACACAUUUUAUAGUUCAGCUUUAAAUGUGCUAUCUUGCCUAACCUUCCUUUCAUAAUUAAUGUCCUAGGGAAAAUGGAAUGUUAAUGAAGAAAAAAAUGGAUUGCACAAAAGCCUGAAAAUAAAAGUUUGAAAUAUAAGCUAGUUUUAAUGGCCACGAUACAUAAUAGGUUUGCACAUGAGGGUACAUGUAGGUUUCAACUUAAUAAUGGACGUUUCAGGAAGGAGCAAGAUUGUGAGAACAGAGUUGCACAAUUUUCUCGAUGGAUGGGUUAGAUCCAGAGAUGUCUUGCGUGAGCCAGAAAGCCCUUCCAGUUAUCCAAGGCAGCUCUGCUAAAAUCCUCGAAUUUCUUAUCCUACUCUAGCCACCCCACCUGCUUCAUCACACACAUUUUGAGAGGGUCUGUUGCCCUACAGAAAUGGAUUUAGGAAGAUGCCAUGAUCUGCAGUAUGGGGGGGGGGGCGUGGGAAGCCAGGGAAACCCCUUGAUCAUCUUCAAAUCCUAUCCGUAAUGGGUUAAAAAAAGAGUAUUAUGAAAAUAGAUGGAGCUGUACCUUGUAGGCAAACACAUUUGAAUGUACUUUUUCUUGUGUUUGUGUGCUUUUUUUCCUUUCCUGUCCUUUUUCUUUUCUUGCCUGAUGCUUUCCUUUAUUUUGUAGGUCACUGCUGUUUUGUCUUCUGCUGUUUAAUUUGUUACUUUCCAUUUUCUAACUUGUCUAGAGCCUAGAAGAGGAGAUAGCAUCAAUUUUAUUUAGUAAGGAGGGUUUUUCCACUAGCAUGAAAUCUGCCUUCACUUCAGCUACCUUGUGGACAGCAGAGGGCACUGUUGUGAAAGAUAAUGUACCUUCUGAAAAGCUUUCUGCCUCGCCCUUCUCUCAGCUGCCUGAGGUGCUUUUCCACAUUUACUUUUUCCACCAUAAAACUAUAUAUGAAGACAGUGGGGUUUCAUGUCAGAUGAAAUUGUGUCCCAGUGAUUAAAAGAUUGUAAGAUGAAAUUAGGAUAGAGAAAAAUGCAGAGCCUAAAAUAAAGCUAUUUGAAAUGGCUGGUGUGUAUGCAAAACGCCUGCAUGAAUUGGUUUUACCAGUGACUUGCAUGUAGAAGUGCCAACUCCAUGCAGGAAGUGGGAACGGACAGUUACAUAUUGCACCAUUGCACUUUUUUAAAAGUUAGAAGUAAAAUUAUUUUGAAUGAAAAAAUGAAAGGCAAGCGCAAGCUAAAAAAUUAAAAGUUAGAAGUAAAAUUAUUUUGAAUGAAAAAAUGAAAGGCAAGCGCAAGCUAAAAGCUUAUCUUGCCCAUUCUAAAUGUUUUGUAGACAUAGAUCUUCAAAAGAAAUAGUACUAUAUAUUGUUUUUCUGUUCCAUUUAUAAUUGAAAUUAUCUGGCAGCCGUAGAUAAAUCUAGUCUUAAACUUUAAUUUGAAACCAAAAUUAAAUCACAGCUGCUGUCAUAGGAUUAAUUAUUAUAGUAAUGGUACUGUUACAUUUUUCCUUACACUUUUUUGUACUGUCCCUUGUGUGUAUGUGUAUGUGUAUGUGUGUCAUCUCUUAGCUUUUAAGAUCUACAUACGUCAGUUUGUCCUGACUCUAGGUCAUAACAAGUGGCACAGUACUAUUUCCUUGAGGAUCAUAUGACAGUAUGGGCUUUUAAAAUGCUGUUCCUUACAUGCUUAUAUGCCAAACACACUUCUCCAUUUGAGAUAUUACAUAUGUACAGGCAAAUUUCAUAUAUCCUCAAAGGUGCCCAGCUAAUCAAGGGUCUAAAACAAGGAAAUGUAUGUGAGUUCAGAUACUUAAUAUCUGUGAAAUAGGAACAUCUGGCAGAACUUGUAGCAGCCCUUUCAAGGGUGUCAGUAUUCGCUGAAAUACAUUAGGUUUGUCAGAAAAAUCUGCAUGUACAUGAACAUAGCUGGCCAGUUAAUGUUAGCCUUGUUUGGCACUUCAUAACAUUGUUUUACAAAUAUAAUGAUGAUGAUGAUGAUGAUGAUGAUAGUUAUUAAAGUAGAAUAUUUAUUUCAGAGUUUAACCUGUCCCAAGCCAAGAGAGUGCAAGUUUCAAAUAGAGAUGUAUCCUGUUCAGAUAAAUCAAGUGAAAUAAAACCCCCUAAAGAAUCCAGAUUUACCAAAUGCUAACUUUGGAGCUUUCAUAAGUAGAAAGUUUUACAGCACUCUGGACUAAAAAAAUAUUGCAUAUUUUCAGUGUGCUUAUUGCUGUGCACUUGAUCUGUGCUAAUUUAACAAAUUGUGCUGUACAUGUGUGAGCGUGCAAUCAGUCCCUCUGUGCUGUUUGUGAAAUGAUAAAAUCAGAUGUUUGUGUCAAGAGAUGUUGAAACUUGUAUUUAUGUUUGUCUUCUGGUUGCUUCUUGUUUCACAGAAAUUUACUCCCCAAACAGAAGAGCCUUCCAUUGGAGCCAGCAGAACGAUUAAGGUUCUACUAUUUUGCCAUAGUCCAUUAAGCUUUGACAUUUCAGAAUCUUCAUUCUUCCUUCCUUUUUUCAUUUAACCAUUACAGUCAUCUUUGUUCUUCAUGUGACCUGAACCACCCAUCACAUAGUUUUAUGUUCACUAUUUUAUUUAUUCAUGUUUUCUACUUUUUGUUUUUCCUCAUCCAUUUGUUUUGUGCAGAGUUCGCAUGAGACUCUGAACGUAGUGGAGAAGAAGCAGGCAGAGGUUGGGAUAGAAGAGACAGUAGUCACUGCCGAUACCAACAGAGGCAAAACACAACUUGUCUCUGGUGGUGGGCAAACUCAGAAGAUGGAGCACCUAUCAAAGAAGGAUUCUUCAUCACUGUCAUCAAGUAGCAGCAGUAGUGAGAGUGAAGAUGAAGUAGGAGAAUAUCAGCCACACCAACGGAUGACUCAGGGUGCCAUAAAAGAAGAAAUAGAAGAAAAUGAAGUUAUAGAGGAGGGAGAACACAAUGCACAGGCAACAGUGUGUGCAGAAAUUUCACAAGAAGCCAGUCCAGUUCAAGUAACAGUUACGCACAUACCAGUGACAGAAACAUUGGUCCAGGCAAAUGAAGUAUCCACCAAGACACCCGGAGAGGGACACCCGGCAAAACUGGAUAAGCAAGCCCUGAAAGAAGAGAGGGUGGAAGAGCAGCUCAAAGUAAAUGGAGAGGCAUCGCAUAGUGACAUUGAUGUUUCACAGCAAAUAAUUUGUUGCUCCGAGGUAAAUGGUAGAAGAGUAAGGGAUCCUUUAUCAGGCACAUCGUCCUAGGGUUCAAUAUCUCUGCCUUUCUUCUUCUCUGUCCUCUUCAGGUUUUCAUAAAGAUUCAGAUCUGGAAAGUGGAAAAUGGAUGUGUAGUCAAAUUCUGCCUUUGGUUAAGGCUUCUGAAUUUUUUACUAGUUUGGUUACCCAGAAGAGCGAACUUGCCUGGGAUUAUGCCAUCUUUUUACUUUCUCAUGUUCUGUUUGUUUUGCAUGUGUUAAUUUGUUUGAGUCUUGUCCUGUCUAGUUUGAUUUUUAUUAUCCUUCAAUAAGUUUUAAUUGGAAUUGUCAUGUUACCUUUCUUGGGCAUGAGAUGAAAACGCAUUUUAUGCAUUUGAUGUAAUAGUCUUAAAACCCAAGUAUUUUUUUAAUUGAAAAACCCUACCUAUUUUAUGAAACCUCCUAUCUAAAUACUAAAACACAAAUAGCCAGAAUUUGUAGGAACGCACAGUUGGUGCAUUCUAUAAAUCACCAUGAGACACACAUACCAUAUUUACUACUCUUAACCAAAGUCCUUUGCAGAUAGUUAUUAUUUUAUGCUAGCCACUUGUAGUCCUCGAGAGGCAUGAACUUACUCAGUAGAUGCUAAAUCAAAUUUAUUUUCUCUAAGAACAUGCAGCAUAAUGAAGAGCCUGAGAGAUGGUAAAUGAAGCACAGGUUAAAGGUUCCAAUCCGUGUGUGUGUGGUCCUGGCAAACAGCAAUUUGGGAGCACAGCAACUGUGUUAAUCAGCUGAUAUUUCUGGAAGGAAAGACUAAACCCAUUCCGCCUCCAUCCAUCCAUCCCCCCCAAAGCUGAUCUGUGCUGCUGCUGCUGCUGUCGUCGUUGUGUGUGUGUUUCAAAAAGACCAGAAUGGUGCACAUAGCAGCUGGACUGGAGGAGGAUUCCCAGAGCCACUUGCAUGUGCAAUUCCUCAUCCAGCUAGAGAAAUGUGUGUGGAGCACCAUAGUUAUACUGGAGUGGCUGAGGGCAUUUCCACCCCCAAGGUUAUUAAAUAUGGAAACAGAAGAUUCGUAAUGAUGGUCAGGGCCAUCUAGGUCAAUCUUGUCCCCAUUGGCAGGAUUUGUCAAGUUUUAAACUGUCUCAAAAUGCAUUUAUGCAUUUUAUUAAACAUUGCCAUAUAAGGAGUUGUAGCAAGUUUGUGACACUCAGGAAGUAGUGUAUGGAGUUGGUUUUGGGGUGACAUCUAUUGGCUCUAUAAGGGUAGGUCAUACCAACGAGAUCAUUGAAGAUAUAUUGACAAGCUUAAUAAAUAAUUAUUUAAACUGUUCGUAAGGGCUGUUUCAGAAGAAUUUUAUGAUGUACUUGCUCAAACUAUAAAGUUUGAAGUAGUUACAUAUCUUGUUAACAUGGUGUACAAGACAGAAACACAUAAAUGCUGUGGCCAUUUGUGGCUCACCUACAGUGAGUAUAUAUUAUGUGCCUGAAGUUUAAAAAAGCCAGCUUUUAAAUCAGAUGUAAGCUAUGGGUUCAAACAAUGGAAAGCUGUGAUUGGCCAUGGGCUCACCACUGUAUAGAUCGCUCGUAUACCCUGAUAUUUUAAAAGCUUUAAAUCUUACCAAUCUGAUUGUAUGUUAAUUUAUUAACCAUUUUUAUAUAUGCUACUGAUUUAAAUUUAUAUUCCUAUCUAGCAUAGGAAAUAUACUAUGGUGAUUUUCAAGUGCUUUCUUAUAUUUAGUAGACAGAACACUUAACAUUUCUUGUGUGUUCAUGAUUUUCAGACUUGGGUUUAGAAGUUCUUCUAAGGAAUGUUUAAAAAGUGAAUCUGGGAUCUUGUUGCCUGAAGCCAGUUCAUAGACUGCUGUAUACCACGUACUUCAAAAUUCAUACUCUUCUGUGUCUUUCUAAACACUAGCCUCCAGUGGUUAAAACUGAGAUGGUGACCAUUUCAGAUGCUUCACAGAGAACUGAAAUAUCCACCAAGGAAGUACCAAUUGUGCAGACAGAAACUAAAACGAUCACAUAUGAAUCUCCCCAGGUACAGGUGUUGUAUAAUUUAGAAUGCCUUUUUGGGAUACAAUAUUGUAAGCUUGUUGGGAGAGGAAAAGUUGCCGUAUCUCCUUGUGGAAAUAAUAUCUAUAUACAUACACUGCUUAUACUAGGACAAUGAACUAAUGGACUUCUUUAUCUGAGAACAUCAUUCAGAUGCCAUCUUGACCUCACCUGCCUGAGAAGGGGUUAAUAAUGACUGAAUCAUGUUAAAUGACAUUUAGUACAUUGUGUGUUCCAGAAUUGUCUACUGCACUUGACGUCUUCAUUUCUAAAACAGGCAACUUUUGUUUAAAAGAAGGCUGCUAGUUUGGCUUCCCUGUUUUGUCAAAAUUGACUAUUGCUCUUUCUUCUUGAUGGUGCAGUUUGAUGGCAGUGGUGAUGCUGGUGUGCUGUUGAGUGCACAGACGAUCACUUCAGAAUCUCUUUCUACAACCACAACCACACACAUCACAAAGGUAAAAAGAAAAACAGUGAGGUUUGCUGUUCUCAUCUGUUUUAACAAAACAGGACAGAAGUAGACUGCUCUUAAUCAAAAUCGGCUGUGAAAUGUUAUAUUAUUCCAGGUUUCUGGGCACAUUAUAUAUGUACUAAUGAAACAUUCAGAAUUCAAGAUUUUGUGACUCUCUUAUUUUCUGGAACCUUGAACUUUCAUUAUAUUUAACCUAGGAUGAUUUAUUUUAAGUAUGUUUAGAGCAGUUAUGACUAUCCUAAAUGAAGGCAUGGACACUGUUACCAUUUAGUACCAUCUGUUCAACCCUCUCCCCCCUUGUCUUUCGAUGCUACUCUAGGUUGCAGUGCAUAAUGGAUUUAUGCUGCUGAUUAUUUUGUGCUGGUGGGGCUUUCAUAUAUUCUUUUAGUAUUGUUGAUCGUAUUUGUAUUUUACUGAGUUUAAAUUGUGACCCACAUUUGACUGAGUGGUACUGGAAUUUCCAGAUAGUGAAGAAGAACGUUGAGUUUUGUGCUGCAGGUGUGGUUUUUCCUGUUACACAUAUGAAUAAUGAAAGUAUAGAAAUAAGUCUUAAGGCCUUAAUGUGCUGUGUUUUUUUAUCUUAAGAAUUGUUACUAAACUGUAAACAUUAGAAGAACUAGAAAAAGGUUUUCUGCCUUUCCUGUGUUCAGUUACAAGCUGCUACUUACAUUGGAAGAUUAAGUAAAACAUUUCUUGUUCUUGAAAUCUUUAGACAGUAAAAGGUGGUGUGUCAGAAACCAGAAUUGAAAAGCGGAUUGUUAUCACUGGCGAUGCGGACCUUGACCACGACCAGGUGAGAGACAGAACACAUCAUAUUCUGCUUUCCAAUAUUUUGCCCCUCAUAAGGCAGUUGAGGUUUUUCCCCUGUCAAAAAUGUUCUAUUAUAAGAACACGAACAAUAUUUUUAAAACUCAGCCACCUCAUGAUGCAAAUCGCUAACCAUCACUGAAUUACUGUAAUUAUAAUCUGCCGUUUUUACUAUGUGGUGCUGCACUGAUUCUUAAUUGAUGGUAGGUUCACAAUUUAACAGAACAGGGAUUUAAUUUUCAUUUCUUAAUUGUAAUGUACCAAGGACUCUGAGUAAAUUUAAUUUCAGAUUUUGAUGUGCCUGUAGCAAGUGGCUUGUGACAAGUGCAAUCUCUCCUUGAAGCCUGAAAUUAAAUGACAGAGCUGUUUAGCAUUAGGCAUGAGGGAUGUCUGUCCCAGCACAUGCUAAAAUAAAAAACAAAAAACAUACAGCUGGGGAAUCUGGAAAGGUCAGACAACAGAAUUGCUUUAAUAAAAUUCAUAUCUUAGUAUAUUCCACUUAGGAUAAAUAUUAUAAAGCCUUAAAGUAAACUUUUUAGAGAUAGAUUGUAUGCAUCUGUUUGUAACACAAGAUCUUGUUCAGCUUUGUAAAUGUCUGAGUUUUAAAUUUAUGUAAAACAUGUGCUCGUAUUCAGAUGUAAAUUCCAGCAUUAUUUCAGUAAAAUUAGGAUCUGUAGUAACCCUUUAAAAUGGAAAAUACACUUGAUAAGAAUAAAAUAUUUUUAUUUUUCAUAUUUGAACCCCUGAAUUAUUCAAUUUGAACAACCCUGAUAUGUCAUUCUUCAUUAUAUAAUCUAAAUGAUGUUCAAUACAGCUUAGAAAUAAAGUAUUUGUCAAAGCUGAAACCGUAUCUAGGAACCUUGAAAGCAUUAUUUCUUAAAACCAGUUUUUUUCUUGCCUAUCCGAUCUUGUUUUCAAUUUUAUUUCUCUGUAUUCUGAAGAAUAACUCUUCCAUGCUCAAGUACUAAAUAAAGUAUAGGGAAAGCAAAAUGGUGCAUGUAUAUACUUAGCCAUUUAUUGUUAAGCCCUAAAGGUUAUAUAUUUAAAAACUGAUCGCUAUUUAUUUUGGUUUAUGUCUCGAGUUUCCAGUGUGCAUCUGUCAAGGCAAAAUUGCCACUCAUUUUGUUUACCUCUGAACUGUGUUUUGAAAAGAUCUUUAGGGAAAAGUUGCUAAUUGCCCAGUGCUUACACUUUCCACAUCCCACAUCAACAAGGUGUGGAAGGAAGCUGACAGGUGCCUCCUGGCAGAACUAUCCAUUACCUUGCGAAACAUAUAUUCCCAAUCCUACAAUUGCUGUAGCAACUGUGGUAGUGGUGGGGGUGAGAAUCAGUUGUCAAGGAGACUUGAUGGGGAAUCUGGUGCCCACUGAUUGUUUUCUCCAUCCUUGGUCAUUUUCGCUUGGUUUGGGUUUCUUUUCUGAGUCCAGCUGGUUUUCUGUGGGAAGGAGGGGAUUUUAAAAGCCAGUUAGGGCAUUUGAAAGCAGAAUUGAUGAAUGAGGGAAACAUUAAGCACCAUCCUCUUUGCCCACUGAUUCCCCUCAGCAAAUUUCACCCUCUCCACCCUACAUUAGUGUUGCUGUGGUCUUAUGUACUCAGUCACCAGUGAAUACAUAAGCUACUGUUCUUGGCAAUUAGGUUUGAUACUGGUCAGUGUCUUGCAGCUGGUUUUCUUACCUGAAUUGGUAUCUUCCAACAUUGUGUGCAAGAUAUAUGCCAAAUAUCAAAGGACCUGUGCCCACAAAUGAGCCUCCUGUCACUGCAUCAACACAAGGCUAAAAUAAAAGCAUGUGUAAAGUGUUGCACACACACACACACACACACACACACACAAAAACCUAAUUCCACGCUUACUCUGAUUGCGACUGCACCAGUGGCAGCCCACCAGGAAAGAGGUCUUGGCGUUGUGGUGGACAACUUGAUGAAAAUGUCAACCUAGUGUGUGGCAGCUGUGAAGAAAAGUCAGAUUCCAUGUUGAGGGGAAUUAGGAAAGGGUUUGAAAAUAAAACAUGAUAGAGGGGGAUAAAAUUAUGUAUAGGGCAGAAAAGAUGAAUAGAGAUAAGUUCCUGUCCCUUUCUCAUAAUACUAGAACUUGGGGUUAUUUAAUGAAGCUGAAUGUUGGAAGAUUUGGGAUAAACAGAAGGAAGUGAUACACACGACACAUUGUUAAAUUGUCACAGUUAGUACCACAGGAUGUAGUAAUGGCCACCAACUUCGAUGGCUUUGAAAGAGGGUUAGAGAAGACUUGUCAGUGGCUACUAGCCAUGAUGAUUAUGAACCUUCUCCAGGGUUGUAUUCAGCUAAGUUUUACUCAUAACAGAUCCAUUGAAAUUAAUGAACCUAACGAAGUUAAGACAUAGCUAAGUGAGAUGGGUGUUGAAUACCUCCUCUAGUAUUGGAAGCAGUGUGCCAGUUGUUGUGGUGGAGAACGUUGUUGCGCUAAUGUCCUGCUUAUGGGCUUCCCAUAGACAUCUGAUUAGCUACUGUGAGAACAGGAUACUGAAAUAGAUGGUCAUUUGGUCUGAUCUAGACGGACUCCUAAUGCUUGUAUGUCGUUGCAGCAAUAAAACAUUCCUGUCUAGAUAUUAUAUUGAUCCAAAUAGCUCACUAUGUGGAUCAAUAUAAAGAUGUGGUGUGCUUUAAAAAGUUUUUCUGUUUCUUACCUUUUCUGGAGUUUUUAUUAUUAGUGCUUUCUUAAUGUUUUGCUGAAAAACUGCUUUGUGAGGUUUGCCAGAAAAGGAGGAUCUAAAUGCUUUAGAUAAAUAUGUAAGAUACCAAAACAUAGUUUACAGCUCAUAACUUAAAAUACCCAGUAGCCUCUCUAGGCUUUUUAUUUGGCUGUCUCAGUAAUGGAGGAGCAGCAUUCUUCCUCUGUUCAGUUGUCACUUCUGAACAAAUCCAGUCCAGGAAGUGUAGUCAUUACUGGCCAAACUACCUCAUAAUUUUUAUUUAAUGGGUCCUUUUUAAUACUUACGUAGGCAUUGGCACAAGCCAUUAAAGAAGCCAAAGAACAGCAUCCUGACAUGUCUGUAACAAGAGUUGUGGUGCAUAAGGAAACAGAUCUUCCGGAAGGAGGAGAAUAAGGUAAGAGCCUGAGACAAGACCCGAUACAAAACUAUUAUCCUCCCAGGUUAAUAAUAAUAAUAAAUUUUAUUUAUAUCCCGCCCUCCCCGGCCAAGACUGGGCUCAGGGCGGCUAACAUCAAAUAUAUAAUACAUUAAAACAUAAGAUCAAACAAUCGGUUGAAAUACAGCUUAAAAUCAGAUUACAAUCUGAAUAAAAUCAGAUGGCAACCCACAAAUUAAAACUAUAACUAUGGGGUUGGGAACAUUAAGUGUUCACCAGGCCCAGCUAUUUGUGCUGAUCAUAUGAGCCAGUGAGAAGGGUUAGAGGGGCCCUUUACAUGCAAGGUCUUGUAAAAAAGGUCCCAGACUGGAUCUGGGCCAAAGACCUGGUGGAACAGCUCCAUCUUUCAGGCCCUGCAGAAAAAUGUCAAAUCCCGCAGGGCCCUGGUCCCUUGUGGCAGAGCGUUCCACCAGACUGGGGCAGGGCCGAAAAGGCCCUUGCCCUGGUCGAGGCCAGCCUAACCUCCUUGAGGCCUGGGACUGCCAAGGUGUUAUUUGUGGACCGUAAGGUCCUCCACAGGACAUACCAGGAGAGGCCGUCCUGUAGGUAUGAGGGUCCUAGGCCGUAUAGGGCUUUAAAGGUUAAAACUGGCACCUUAAACCUGGCCCUAUAGUCCACUGGGAGCCAGUACAGCUGGUGUAGCACUGGAUGAAUGUGAUCCCAUGGCGAGGACCCAGUAAGGAGCCUUGCCGUGGCAUUCUGCACCCCCUGGAGUUUCUGGGCCAGCCUGCAUAAAGUGAAUUACAAUAAUUGAGCCUGGAGGUAAUCAUCACAUGGCUCACAGUGGCAAGAUCAGGGCAGGAAAGGUAAGGGACCAACUGCUUGGCACGGCGGAGAUGGAAAAAUACCGCUUUUGCUGUAGCUGCGACCUGUGCCUCCAUGGAGAGGGAGGUGUCGAAGGUUACGCCCAGACUCUUGACUGAAGGUGCUGGUACUAAUUGUGCCCCUGCAAGGGAUGGGAGUUGGCGCUCCAACCCCAUGUCGUCCCAACCCAACCAGAGGACCUCUGUCUUCGAAGGAUUUAACUUCAACUGGCUCCCACGCAGCCAUCCAGCCACCGCAUCCAAACAUCUGGUCAGUGUGUCUGGGGCUGAGUCAGAAUGGCCAUCCAUCAGCAGAUAAAGUUGGGUAUCGUCAGCGUAUUGAUGACAGCCCAGCCCGAAGCUCUGAACAAGUUGGGCAAGCGGGCGCAGAGAGAUAUUAAAAAGCAUCGGGGAGAGGAUUGUACCCUGUGGCACUCCACAGACCCAAGGGGUCCGCGACGACAAUUCCUCCCCUAGCGCCACCCUCUGUCCCCGACCUGAAAGGAAAGAGCACAGCCAUUGUAAGACUGCCCUGGCUGCUGCUACCAAGCACCUGGAACCCCUAUUUGAAUGUUCUUUACCACAAAUAAAUGCAUCUUUUGUGAUUCUGUCUGGAAUCAGAUCUCGGGUAUAAUGUUUUGGACCUUCCAGUUUGGAGUUUUGUUCGGAAGAAGAGCACAAAGGGAAAGCAGAAAGGCAUGGCUGAGACUGUAGGCCUUUUGAAUGCUAAUGGUGAUGCAUUAGGAGCUAUUUGCAUUAUGAGAGAGAGAGAGUUCCUUAGCUACCUCCUUGAAAAAUGAAGGAAAACUGCUCUUCUGAAGAGGGAGGUCUGAUGCCACUUAAAAUAAGAAAAAUGUAGCAUGUGACUGACUUGAAAAAGGAACAUUACACGAAGAAAGCUGUAAUAUGGUUGAGAGUGUUUUUAAUAGUAUUCAAAAUCUGUGACUAAAUGUAAAGAAUGACAUUAAACUGCUUGCCUUCCUUUAGAAUUCUGAAGACUGAUUUGUGACCGAAGAACUUUGAUCAUUCAAGUCGGUGUCCCCACCGCUACUUCACUGACUUCACCAAGCCUGGUGACAAUGACCAGACAUUUCCAGAACAAACUGCCGACACCAAAACUUAUCUUCUCUGGUCCUUUACCAUAUAUGUCUUUUAUUUUUAUAACCACUUCUUAACAUUCUUGGCUUUUUAUGAGGUUUAGAGAUUUAUUAUUUUUUCCACGUUUCCCUGACAUUUUAUAUAACUGAUUUCUUGAUUGCAUGAAAGUGAACAAAAAUAUUUAGUAAGCACUUUUCACUUUAGCAAGUGCAGGAAGGAAAGAAUCUUUCACUAAAUCUUUUCAAAAUGUUUCCAAAUAAAGCCUCUUAAUGGGAUAACAGCUUUUUUCAGAUUAUUCAGGUAAAUAAAACAUCAAAUAAUAUAAGAAAUACAUUAUCUUGUAUUAAAAGAAAACACAAAGCUUUCCUAUGACCUGGUGGGGAAAAUAAAUUAAAAUUUGUAUGGAUGUUGUACAAACUCCUUAUAGUCUGUUCUGAGGAUCUCCCACUUUCUGAAGGGAACUGGUGCUGGUAUACUAUAGAAGAGAUAGUUAUAAAGAUGUUUCUACUGACUGAGCACUGUUUUAGUAACUUCUCUGCACUUCAGUGCCAUUGUUCAAUUUCUUCGUGGACACUUUCGUCUGCAACAUUCCAGACAGGAUAGGAAGGACUUUGCUCUCUUCCCUUCUGGCAAAGAUAAUCCAGGCAGCUUAAAACCUUAGUGCUUUUUCUCUUAACAUGUUAAAUGUCAAACACUUUGAUUAUAUGAAUACAUGUGCAGGAUGCUUGCAUUACAUAACUCAUUGUCUACCUGUUAUAACUGACACGUCUGUUGAGCAGUUGUCUUUAAGUAGUUCACCUGAUGAACUUGUACAGGUUUUCAGGACAUUGAGGGACUGGGGGGCAGCCAAGGACCCAUUGUAAGUAGUAUGGGAACCAACUGCUGAGUGAGGCUGCUAGUCACUGAGGAGGUCUAUAUGAAAACCUGCUAACUGUCUCUUUCCCACAUACUUCACUGUUUACCUUGUGUAUAGUUAAGAUGCCAUAUUAAAUUUAUAGCAGCUUGAAGUUGUAUUAAGUGAUAUUUUGCUUUCUGUAAUACUGUUAUAAAAUAAAGUUUGUUUAUUCUCUAAAUGUUUCAGCACAUUUGUAUUUUGAAACCUCAAAAAAUAAAUAAAUCAGUUUUGAGCCUCUUUCUC